AUGAUGUCACAAACUGGACAAACUGCAAGACUUGGCAAAGUGAGAGUUAACAGUAGGACUGAGUCUGGACACUGUGAAGGCCGGUCUCCAAGACAGGUAAUGAUAAUUAUUGGUUUAUAGGAGCUGUGAAAAGUUUAUACUUUCUUGUAAAGGUCUUUUCUGACUAGAUGUCAACAGUUUUCUAAUGGACCAUAUGACUUCCUCUGCAUUUUGGACAGCUUAUGUAUAAGAUUGAGGCCUAUCAUAUUGUGACUUUUCCACUAUGGUAUUGUGAAAGCAGCCAAUACUUUUUCUGGUGUGGUUCGCACCCACCAUCUCAGUACAUAAUAUUCAGUAUAGAAAUGUUGCCAACACUGGGGUAAUGUUGGUUUUGGUAUGUUAUUAUAUUGGGAGGAAAGUUAAAGAAAUAGGUGGAGUUGAACACAUGAGGAUGGUUGAACCUUUCCACAGGUGUUGAUAAAUAGAUUUAUUACAUUUCUUGAGUAGCCAAGCUGUUACUUACUUACAGAGGAUUACUGGUCAAUAUAGUUGGCAUGGAGACAUGGAGAGUGCAAACAUGACAGUCUGAUGUCAUGCAUGAUGUCACAAACAGGAUAAGAUUCAAGUCUUCACAAAGUGAGAGACAGUUAACAGUAAGGCCAGGGCUUUUUUUUUCAGCCAGAACUCACCAGAACUCAGUUCCGGCACCUCUCAAGUGGGUGCCAUUGCCAUUAUAAGAGAACAAGGGAGAAGUUCAUGGUGAGUCCCAGCACCUCGUUUUUUAGAAAAAUAAGUAAGGCUGUGCCUGGAUUCAGGCUAAUUCAGAUUGAGUUGCCAACUCUGUAUGUUGAAUCUUCUGUAUGUGUGCCAAUCAGAGAUGAUUCACAGAAUCAUUGCCUGAAUCUGGUUUUGACAUUUUCCUAGUGGACCCAAAUGGCUCAUAUGCCUUUGUACAGAAUCAUACUGAGAUCAUUCUAAGCUGCGUACCUUUAUCUCCAGACAUAUCCAUGUUGCCUGUAAAUGGUGUGUCAGAAAGAGACCUGAUACGCCAAGGGCAACAUUGCAAUUUGUAUCUGCUUACCUCAAAUUCUUACCAGUUAUGCAUACCCGUGCAAGAUGCCUGGAUAAUGCAAUAUGCCAUUAUCUCCUGCAUAAUCUGGUCAUCCCAGGUGCAUCCUGAUUUAACCUUCUUGGAGCCCUGACAGAAAAGCUGAGACACAGCCACCACUAGAAGUCACAUCAGCAUGUUUUGCAUGUUCAGACCCAGAGACCUCCCCCCUAAAUAAACACACAUUUGACUCAAAUUCUAGUUUUGGGUUUUUGGCAGAAUUUAGGCCACAACUUUAUUGAUUACAGAAAGUGAGUGGUUGCAUAGGCUCUGGUUUGACUAGCUCCCUGCACCCUUGCAGGUAGCGCUGACCCAGAGCUCUAUCAUAGGUCAGCCGAGGGUGAACACCUGAGGUAGGUGGAAAGCCUGGGAACAGACUAUGUCCACUCCCCAGAUGCUCCCCUGGACUCAGGCAUGGGCACAACCCCCUCUUGGGGGUUGACCAAACCAAGUUGAGUCCCUGGAUUCCUUUAAUGGAAUACCCUUCACAUAGGGAUAGCGAGACAGUUCUCCCAUCUCUAUCACCUGAACCAGUGCCUAUCCGCAACCUUACAAGUUGUGAUGAUUUGCUAUGGGGCAGGUGAAACCCAAAGGGCAACAGCCAAUCAGCCAAGUGGGGAAAAUUCCUUCCGGUUCCCUGUCCCGACGACACACGACGACAUAGCAAGGUCAAGCACAAAAUGCUCUAAAUAUAGGGAGAGGUGGGUAGGUGUUCCGAUGCACGAGCCAAAAGAGGAAGCUCUGGGCCAUGUGCAUAGGUAUAUAUAUGUCCCUUGGUCCGUUAGACAGCUCCCCAUUGACCAGAUUAAACCCAGCAAUGAGGGACCUACCAAUCGGGUGUUGUAGUUGUCCAAUAUACCCACCCACAACCAGGAGGUCAGUCUCCAGGUCUUACUGCAACACAUGCCCUCUUUUAGGGAGGACACGCUUUAGCAUAAUUACUAGCAGGUGUGAGGUGCCUUGGGCUUAGAAGCUCUAUGUGCCCUUCCAGGGCUCCCUAUCUGGCUCUUGCCAUUUUUCCCAGGCCACAACCCCUCUUCCCAGACCACACUCUUCCCAAGCCCUGGCAUGCACUCUCCUUGAGUGUUUCUGCCAAAUUCAAAUGUGUCCUUGAACUCUGAUUCCCUUGAUGAAGGAUAGAGAGGGGCAUGUGUUUGUGGAACCUAGCCUACUGCACCAAGGUCAAAAUUGCUUUGGUGGUCUUAGGCCUUCUCAGUGAUUCUAGAGCUUACUUUCCACCUCAUAUUUGAUGGUUCUUCUGUGCAAUGCAAGGCAACCAAUUCUUAAUGCCUGGAAGGAAAUUUUCCAACUUUCUGGAACAGAUUGGAGGUCAGGAUGAGGCUCUCAAGGAAGAGAGGGUCACUGAAAAUUGCUGUCCUUCUUAUGAAUUCCCUUUUGUCAGUGGACAGUCACCACUGGAUAUCGACACAGAAUUUAUUUCACUGAUAGCCAGGUGCUUCGAGUUUGUGUUUUUUUUCAAGGCCUCUUUCAGUAUUAAUUUGAAUCUGCCCUCCUGCAGUUUUUGCAAUUCCGGUGCGGGGGGGAUCACAUCAUGUGCUACCCAUGAUUUCAUGGUACGAGUGAACUUCUGAGACAUUCUAUGCUAGGAAAAGAAAUCUUAAGAGUUGUUCUUCACAUCAUUCAAACCACCAUUCAAAUAGCCGUUCUCAUACAUUGGGGUGGGGAACCUUUUUAGCAUAACGGCUGUGUUCUUGUCUGGAAAACUUUCCAGAGCUGGGUGGGGCUGGAGGCAAAAGUAGCCAGAGCAAAUUUUUACUUAUGUUCAGUGAUCUACUUUCUACACAUACACAAACACACCCCUUUCCUCCAUACAGACAAACAAGAAGCAUUAUCAGAAUUGACGAACACAUUUCAGCUGGGGCAUAAGCCAAUGGAGGGGGGCGGGCAGCUGCCCCCCAUCAAGUAAAUAAAUAAAAAUACUUAAGAAAAGUAGAAAUAAUCAGAAUAUUUGAAAUUGAAAAUGCUCACAUUUGAAGGCAGCCCUGUUUAGGGAAGUUUUUAAUGUUGAUGUUUUAUCGUGUUGUUAAUAUGUUGGGAGCUCCGAGUAGCUGGCGAGGCCCGGCCAGAUGGGCAGGGUAUAAUAAUAAAAAAUUUUAUUUUUAUUUUUAUUUUUAAUUUAUAUUUAUAUUUUAUCACAAAGAGUAUUAAAAGAGCUGAACGUAGCAGACCCAGUAAAAGAAGCAGAACUCUCUUGCCCUACCACAAAAAAGGCUCUGCUCAUCUCUCUUACUCAGCUAUUCACCACUUGUACCCUGGAGCAGUCAUUCAGUACCUUGCAGAGAGUUAAGACCUGGCUAAUGUCGACAAUGACAGGAGCAUCUCAAUGGGCUAUGCUUACUGAGUGUGCACAGGAAAACUGUAUUGGGAGAAAAUGGAGAAAUUUGACUGCUGAAAAGGUUUUUAGCAAAUCCAAGAAAACUUGUUUUAGUUUAGAUUUAAAAUAAAAUGAGAAAAGGUGUGUCCUUUGUAUUUUGCAAAAUAUGCUCAUUAACCAUAGGGGAGGCGGGUGGCACUGUGGGUUAAACCACAGAGCCUAGGGCUUUGCCUAUCAGAAGGUCAGUGGUUUGAAUCCCCACGAUGGGGUGAGCUCCCAUUGCUCAGUCCCAGUUCCUGCCAACCUAGCAGUUCGAAAGCACAUCAAAGUGCAAGUAGAUAAAUAGGUAUCGUUCCGGCAGGAAGGUAAACGGUGUUUCCGUACGCUGCUCUGGUUUGCCAGAAGCGGCUUAGUCAUGCUGGCCACAUUCGCCGGCUCCCUCAGCCAAUAAAGUGAGAUGAGCGCCGCAACCUCAGAGUCGUGCACGACUGGAGCUAAUGGUCAGGUGUCCUGUUAUGUAUUAAGAUUAAGUUGCAGUUCUCACUCAGGGCCACCAGUAUGUAAAUGAAGGAUUGAAAACUGUCCCUUCUGAUUGGUUAGCUAGUUGUGAGUUGUUACUGUUUCAAGUUACUUAGUAUUAUAUAAAGCAGCCAGCUAGGCUGCAGUCAGUGUGAUUCCAGGAGCAGUUCUAACUGCUACAAUAAAGAGCUGUGAAUCCAACAGAGCUGUGUCCUUCGUCCAUCCUUUUCCACUAUUCAACAGGUCCCUUUAAGUUUACCUUUACUCGUUAACCACACGAAAGGUACUCCCUGGUGUUAUUAUUUUUAACUCUCAAGUUUUCAAAUGUCUGAAGGUUUUGACAGAUUUAUUCUGAGCACUUGGGGUCAAAAGAAAGUAAUUUAAAACAAUUGUCAUUGAGACAUUUCAUUCCGAGCCUGCUUGACGGAGCCAGACACGAUGAUGGCAGGUGGGUGUCCUCAAUCCUGGCUAUGCCCAUGGGCAAAAACACUCCAGGAAAGUGUGAAGCAGAGCAAGUAAGGUGUGGGGCUUGGGAGUAGGGGUGUGUGAUAUGGAAAGUGUCCUGAGGACCAGGCAGAGCAGAUGGGAGGUUACAGUUGGUCUCUGGGCCUGAGGUUCCCUACCCCACCAUACAUUCUUAAAACUGGGGAGUCGUGCUAUUGAAUAUAAGCACCGAUUCUUCAAGAAGGUAACACACUACAUUUGUAUAUGUGCCAACAAACACAUAUACAUCAGCGUUCUCAUAUACACAACAAUGUAGGUUUGUGGGUAUACGAAACUGAGUAGGAAGCUAAGAAGCUUUCUCCGGUAACUCUGAGAACAUGUCUUGUUAGUCUUCUUGAUACCCAUAAUGUAAAUCCAACAGUUCCCUCACCCUGCUUUUCUGGCCAAGCAGCAACCCCUGAGAACAUGUUCUGUACGUCCACCAUCAUAUAAAACAGCCACACACAAUAACAAUCCAAUUGUUUUUCCUCUGAGGAGCCCUUAGGCAAGGCUAUGUAUCCCACAGUUUGCUUCAGUCUUCUGUUUGCUUUCAGUAUGGUUCUGUUUCUAAGUACCCUCUUUGUUCCUGUCCUCUUGUUUUGAUCUUCGUGUCCAUUUCCCCACCACCUUCGGUUGUGCUGGAAUUCAACUUUGACUUCAACAUUUUUGUUUCCAGAAAAUAGAGUUGGCCCUUGCCUUGGGGGUGUCAUAAAAAGACAGCAAAUUUUUAGCUGUUUGAUUCAUAUUUAUUGUGUUUUUUGUCCCAAGAAGAGAUACUUGUGGGUAGGGCUUUUUUGUUUCAACUGGAACUCAUUGGAACUAAGUUCUAGCACCUUUCAGGUGGCCACCAUUGACAUUAUAAGAGAAAGCGUGUUCUCCUUCAUGGAGAGCACGUGUUGCGGUGGGGGCUGACAAAACACUCCAAAGUUGUGGGGCGGGCUAGUUGAUCAUUUGCCACUGUUGUGAUUGGGCUUCCCUUGUUGUUGGGAAGAAGUUAAUGCUGCCAUUUUGUGAUUGACAGCCAGAAAUGUUAAAACUCCCUGCACGAAGCGUAGAGCUUGCUCUUUUCGCUCCGUGCAUCGGAGUGCCUGUCCCUCCCUCCUUAUAUUUAGGGUUGUUUGCAUUGACCUUGCUAUGCCUGUCAUGGGGUCGUCUGCUCUUGGGGCAGGGGCCUGGUAGGAAUUUUGUCCAUCUGGCUGAUUGGCUGAGGCCAUUUGGUUUUUGCCUACUGCAUAGCAAAUCGUCACAACUUGUAAGGUUGUGGUUAGGCAUUGAUUUAUGGUUUGGUUGGUUGAGGGGCAUGGAUUGGCUGUGCCUGCCCCUCUAAUGCUGCUGCUGCAAGGGAUUCCGUUAAAGGAAUACAGGGGCUCACCAUUGUUUUUGUCUGAACUCUGUCAAGGGACUAGGGCCACGCAACAGUCCCUGGUUGCAUUUGGGGAGGGCUGAGAGCAGGUUCCCUGCUCUGUCGCUACCCCCAAGUGUAUUCCCCUUUUCUGACUUUCGCAGGCAUGUGAAAUGUCAGUCUGUCCCCACUGGGGGGGCAGAUAGUCACAACCAAUGUGGGGGGGGCAGAUAGUCACAACCAAUGCCUAAGCAACCACUCACAUUUUUGUAUUUAAUAAAGUUGUGGCCAAAAAAUUAUGCCAAAAAGCUUAAACAAAAUUAUGUGUGAUGUGUGAGUUAUUUGGGGUGGCUUGGGGACCUUGACACGCAACAAGGGAGGCGUUCAUGGUGAGUUUCGACACCUCUUUUUCUAGAAAAAUAGCACUGCUUGGAAUCUCCAUCUCAGUUACCAAAAAGAUUGGUUAGCAGCCUUGUGUACAAAACAACUUGACUUCGUAUGUUUGUGUGUCCUCUGCACCCAGUAGAGGCUGAUCUAUCAGGGCAAAUGAGGCAACUGCUUUUCCAGCCUCAGUUUGCCCUCAGUCAGACCCCACUUGCUCAUCUUCUUACUUACAACCAAUCCAGGGUAUGGCACUGCCUGCCAGAUUCCUCUUCCUCCAUCUCAGUGUUGCCCUUGUAGAAUUUAGCAGGGAAGAGGAUAGGAACAAAAUCAGAAUUAGUUGGUUCUGCCUGUCAUUGGCUCUGGCUUCACCUACCUUUGGCACUCAUUCUUUCCGCCCUGCUAGCAGUGUUAGAAACUCACACAUAUAAGUUAGGCGCCAAAUGGCUCCUUAAACCAGGGUUGCAGGCAGCCAAAUGCAUUAUAAUCUAUAUAUAAAUCCAGGAUCAGUGCAUGAGGUCAGAUUGUUUUAAAAUGCAACCUGCACAAUUUCCUUCUCCAUUCCUAAUCUUUACAAUAAGAAAUGUGGUUUUAUUCAAAUCCACCUAGAUGUAACAGUGGGUACUUUGGUACACCGUAGCUUGGAAAGCCAUUGAAUUAUUGUAGGAUAAAUCUUGCCCCCGACUUUUGCCACUGCAAAGUUUCAUUUUAGAAAGGAAGCUAAUCAAAACAGUGUUUCAGAGAAUCCUUUUCAAUUUAUUUGAAGCCUAAUCUUGACUAAUGUACAUCAUGCUUCUUCCACUCUGUUUUUUUCCCUUUUUCUUUUCCAAAAUAACUCCUUAGAGAGUUCUGGUUUUUGCAUUAGAAUCCUGAAAGCCAGCAGAUCCAUGCUGCUAUCAAUUUUCAGUCAGGUAAUUGUAAUUGUAAUCUUCAAAUGAAAAAGACAGUACUCUGGGCCUUAUCGUCUUGGCAGUUGCUCCUUCCUUGCUAUAAACUGGCAUAUCCAGUGUAGGAUAGGGACGACCUGAAAUAACCUUUCCUUUGUGCCACCUUGUUCAGAGUAAGCAAUAUGGACAAUUUUGGAGGUGGGGAGCGAGGUGGGGAUCUGACUUUCAGCACAGCUCUUCCAAGACACAGCUAUCAGCUGCCAUUUUAUUUUCCAUAAUGCCCUUUGAAAGCCUACCUCAUAGCAUCGUUCCCAAGGAAUUUAUGGGAAAUAAAUAUGUCCAUUCUACCAUUGCCAUCACAAAACGGAGAGGUGUGCAGGUCGUUCUGAAACAUCUCUUUCAGCCUGGGCUUGACGAUUGACUCCUUCAACAACACAAUACUAUAUCUCUACAAACUUAAUGACCCCAGCCUUUCUCUCAAUUGAUCUGAUCAUAAAAUGGCUGCUCUGUUUCAUUUCUUUUGCUGCUAUCUCUUAUUUAUUAAAAAGAAAGAAAAACAAGGUAGGCUAGAUCUUUCUUCCACUAUCUUCAAUAGCUGUUUCAUUGUAAACUUCAUUGAGAUUGGGUUUUGGCCCUAUGCAGUUCUUUACAUCUCGCCCCUCUCUUUCCUAUCACUAUUUUUAGAACCCAGUUCUGUGGUGGAUAGGUUUUCAAGGCAGCAUGUAAUGUUGUUUAGCUUUGGAAUGCAGUAUCAUUUCAUGUAUACUUAGUCCACACCUACACACACUUGAAAAGAGUAAGUAGAGAGCAUGCCUUAUCGAAAGCUUACUAAUGAGGUCUUUUGAUACAAUACUCCAGAUGUUCACAUUUUGAAGUGGUUCAAAGAACUCAUUAAGUCACACCAAUUAGCAGAAAAAUACAGCAAAUGUGAGAUAACUGAAUGAAAUAAACUGAAUGUUUCCCCCCCUAUAUUAAGGAUUGGUAGACAUCCCCCCCCCCCGUUUACUAGCCCAUCUGCAAGAAGAAGAAAAAGUAAAUGGAAAAUGUGAGCCCAGCAGUUGCAGCUUUCUUCAAUAGGAGAUAAUUAAGGCUGCAAUUCUACAAUGGCUUACCUGUAGUAAGUCCCAUUGGAUUGCUGUAUCUAAUAGGGCCUAUGCUCAAGACACAUAAUUAUACACCUAACCUUGAAUCACUAUGUUGAUGAAUUCCGUUGGACUUACAUGGUUACUGCUGCUGACACCCCAGGUUAUUACUGCCCAAGCUGCUGCUGCUCAGAAUCUGUUGUGUAGAAAACAUGCUGGCUGCUGAUGUCCAAUAUCUAUCCCCCCCCCCCCCAGUUUUUCUCCUUUCCCACAUCUCUCUGCUUUAAGAGGCAAAUGUACUGUGCUGUGUUGCAGACACAGCUGAUGAUGAGCUGCAAUGAUGCUUCACUGCUUGGCCUACUGCCCGUCCUAAAUCUCUGACCGAACCCUUUACUUUUUUGAUCGCCAGAUUGACAACAUGCUUAAAUAUUUUGUAUAAAAUAGAAACAUAACACAGCUAAACAUUAUUUUGAUUGCCGUCUAUUGACUGAUGCCAGUUUUGUACCCUUGCCCAGAUUGCACCCAUAUUGAGUGCUGCUGUUUGCUCCAAGUCAAUCACACGGCUGUAUUUCUGUUCCAGUUAGGGACAUGGAAAAGCAAUUUGCAAUAGUCCUCUGUUUGGAAAAUUAACAGAGACUCUUGCAUUUCUUUUUCCUUGGAUGCCUGGAUUUAUUUAUUUUUAAGGAAACAGAAUGUGCUGGAUCCAGACUUAGAAUAAAUCAAGACAGUUUUUGCAGAUUCCUCCUCCUCUGUGCAGCCCCCUUUGUCCCCAAAAGAGUGAUUCUGGAGUACUAGGAGAGGACUGGCAAAGUGAGACUCAGUGAAGAUUCUUCUAGCAGGGAGAUUUUCUGGACCCCAAUCUCUUCAGCAAAGGGAGUGAGUCCUUCUGUUUGAGGUGGGGCAAGUCCCCAUCCAGAUCCCAUUGUAAUCAUCUACUUUCUGAACAGGGGUCAUUGAUGGUGUGGAGGUGGGUUAAUAGAAAGAGUUACAGAAUUCAAAAUGUUCACGUAUUUAACUUGGGGGAGAGCCAUAGCUCAGUGGUAUGAAGAAGGUCCUGCGUUCAGUCUUCAGCUUCUCCACAUAAGAUUGGGAGAGAAACCCUCUCUGAAACCCUGGACAGCUGCUACCAGUCAGUGUAGACAACACCCAGGGAGAUGUGUGAAGGGUCUAACUUAGACUAAGGCAGCUAGGUCCUUCCAAUAAGUUGCCAUGGAGAAGAGUUGGCAUCGCCGGAGCAUUUAACUAAUUCAUUAAUCCAGUUAGCUGCAAACCCUAAUAUACAGUUGCAUGCAUCUACAUAUAAACAGGUCUCCUGACUUAAUUUUGCUGUGAAACAUUGGAGGAGCAUGCAUUCUUGAAUGGAAUCCUGAAAUGAAGCAUUAAUACAAAGGAUGACAAAACACACAGGAUAUUCACCUUCAAAAUGGAAUUUGUAAGCAAAUAAUAUGGAGUCACACAUAGCAGUCAUUCCAUCAGGCUAUAGCAGAGUGGGAGACAUGACUACAAUGUCCUUUCAUGAGCUCAGCUGAGAGACCAUGAACUUUUGGCUCCUUCUUUGCAUGAAUUUCCCUGCCAUUGCAGUUGGCCAUUACAAUAAUUCUGUACUAAAACAAGGGGUGAAAUUUGUUUGUUUUUUUUCCUCCUCCUCCCCCCUCCUGAUCACUUUACCUUUUGUGCUAUGCUUUUUAGAUUCUAAGCCUUUAAGUUGGGGCUGUCUUGUUAAUAAUGUUAACAGAAUGCCCUGGGAGGACUUAUUAUUUUAUUUUUAUUUUGUUGAAGAGUGGGGCAAAAAAUGCUUCAGCUAGCUAAAUAAAUUCGUCUGCCUUCUACAGCACAGUUUCAUUUUGUCAUAAAGCACCACAAAAAUAACACACAUUCCGUUUCCUGUUUCUCUACAAAAGGGACAAAUAAUUCAGUUUCGUUUCUUUCAGUGGCUGCUAUGGCAUUACGAUCUACCUGAAGUGGCUGGAUUAGGUCAAGAGUCUCAAAAGUAACAACAGCUUUGGAAAACUCUAUUGCACAUGAAAAAGGUAUUGAGAUGGCUAGAGAAUCUCUGCUAGCUGAGGGUAGGCGAACAAUGUUUUUAGCAGCAUACAGCUCCUCUCAUCUCACACUUGUAAGCUGCGAAGGUCUUGUGGAAUCUCACAGCUAUAGCUCCAUCAAGAAAGUAGGUUUUUCUAUUUGUGUAUGGUUUGAAGUGCUGAAACACACACAAAAGCAUGACUGACGCCCAGAUCUGGGACUCACUGACAUUGUUUCCUUCAUAUUUUCUACAAAGAAUGCUUGCUUCUCAUCUAUUUUCAUAUCUUGACAGUUCCUAGAAAGGGUUCUGCUACUAAAAAUAUUCUGGUAUCUUUACUCGGGGAAGGGAAUGUCAGUUUGCAUUUCUUAGUACAGAAAGUAUUGAUCUGAUGUGUAGAGAUCUUUCCAAUUCUAAUUACUGUAUUUUUCGCUCUAUAGGACCCGUGUCACCUCUCCAGCCGGGAGAGCGCGCGCGGGGCUAAAGAAGCCUCGCGACCCUCUCCCGGCUGGAGAGGUGACAUGUGGCUAUUGAGGCUCCUGCCAUAGCCGCGCGUCACCUCUCCAGCCGGGAGAGCGCGCGCGGGGCUAAAGAAGCCUCGCGACCCUCUCCCGGCUGGAGAGGUGACGCACAGCUAUGGCAGGAGCCUCUCCGCUGCACCUUUCCGCUGCUCCCUAACCUGCUCUUUGGGGCUGGUGGUGGGCUUCCCCCCAUCAGCCCCAAAGAGCAGGUCGAAAGGAACCUGAAGCCUGGAGAGCGAGAGGGGUCAGUGCACACCGAACCCUCUCGCUCUCCAGGCUUCCAAGGUAGCCGCCUGAACGCACCUUAAACGGCACCUUGUUUUAGAGCGGGAAAACAAGAGGGGGAAAGUUCUCCCCCUCUCUGCACAGUGCCUCCUGCCACUUCGCUGAAGGGGCGCUGGGUAGAGAGGGGGAGAAUUUUUUUUUCUUGUUCUCCCCCCUCUAAAACAAAGUGCGUCCUAUUGUCCGGUGCGUCCUGUGGUGCGAAAAAUACGGUAAUUCAAGAGGGUUCUGGAAGCUUCUCUGUGUGAAAGAAACAAGCAGAAGGUUUGUAAUGUUUGGGUUAUUCCUUCUGAGAAGCUGAGUACAGCAGGUUUAAACUCGUUUGGUUUGGUUUCUCAUUUUUCCACAUCUGUUCGCAUUUCCCCCCCUUUUAAAUCUUCAUGGAAAUUUGCCAACAUUAUAGGGUGCAUUUCUACUAAUAGACACAUCCAGUAUAGUUUAAUAUACACAUUUAUUGCAAAAAUACCCCUAAUACUCAUUUUCUUAUGCUAUUUUCAGGAAUAUAUAAAAUAAUCAUCAUCUUCAUCCUGUCUUUAUUUCUCAGUUCAUAGAGCAUGAGACUCUUGAUCUCAUUCAUGACCAUUUAAUAGUUUAAUGGUGAAUUUUUGACAAAAUAGAGAGGUAAUGUUAUCAUCAUCAUCAUCAUCAUCAUCAUCAUCAUCAUAAAAGAUGCUGGAGGAAAUGAUUUACAAUAGGACCCACAAAGCAGAGGAGGGAACAAUAGUUGUAAGAUGGACACGUGACUGUAAAAUUUUAAUUUGAAAAACCAAAUAAAUAAAUUAAAAAGAUAAUAAUAAUCUCAGGUUCAUCAGUUCAAGCCCCACGUUGGGCAAAAGAUUCCUGCAUUGCUGGGGGUUGGACCAGAUGACUCCUGUGGUCUCCUCCAAUUCUAUAAUUCUGAUUCCCAAGUAAUCCACUGGAAUUAAUGGGCCCGUUAGACACAUCCAUUUAUUUCUGUGUGUCUAUUCUGUAUCAGACUAGCAUUGAAUACAACCUGCUGCUGAGAUUUGGAAAAAAACACACAGGCCUUUUCUGCUGUGGUUCCCUGCUUGUGGAAUGCUCUCCUCAGGGAGGCCUGCCUGCCAACAUCAUUUACUUAUCCUUAGGCAACAUGAAAAAACAUUGAUUUUUCCACAGGCAUUUGGCUUUUAGUUAUCUGUGGCCUCCUUGAGUGGGAGGGACUUUUUAAUCCAGCUUUUUAAAGAUAGAAUUGUCUUUUAGAAUUUUAUUUGUUUUCUUUUAUGUCGGUUUUAUGUAAGUGUUUGUUUGUUUGUUUAUACAUGAUAAGUCACUUUGAGUUACCCAGGUAAAGGAGCGACCCGUAAAUCUAAUAAUAAAUAAAUAAGAUCCAGCGCAGAAAUUGGUGUAGGUCCAUAUAGCAUUGUAUAGUCAAAGUAGCCUUUGCUGGUCAACAGAAUAAGUCUGUGCCUUGGAGUAGAGGACUAAGCUUGUUCUUCCUGGCAUCCUGGUAAUUCUGUGCUUUGCUGCUAGAAUAAUGUGGUACAUGGCCCAAAGGUGAAUAUAACUUGAAUGCUUGUAUGAAAAGGAGGGCCUUGGGGAUGCAUUGAUGGGGUUAGAUUAAAAGUAAGCAUUUUCAGUUUCAGAAUUUGGCAAGAUUUGGUUACGCUGGCAACCACACUGUAGGGACAAAGUGUAAAUCAUGCUUGAGAGUUCAUCAGAUUUUCAAACCUAUCAUAGUCAUAAAGGCAGGAAUUCCCACGAUGGGGUUAGCUCCUGUCAACAUAGCAGUUUGAAAGCAUGCCAGUGCAAGUUGAUAAAUAAUUACCGCUAUGGUGGGAAGGUAAAUGGCAUUUCCGUGCACUCUGGCUUCCGUCACGGUGUCCCGUUGUGCCAGAAAUGGUUUAGUCAUGCUGGCCACAUGUCCCACAUGUCUGCGGACAAACGCCGGCUCCCUCGGCCUGAAAGCGAGAUGAGCGCCACACCCCAUAGUCGCCUUAGACUGGACUUAACCGUCCAGGGGUCCUUUACCUUUUUACCUUUUAAAAGCAGGAGACUCAAGAGGUUUUCUUUCCCUAGAAAAAUUGGGAAGAUGAGAGUCUUGAUUCUGAUCUUUAUCUUGAAUGACAGGUUACCCUGUCUUACAAUUUGCAUGCAGCAAUGCAUGAAGAGUGUUUUGUAGUGCUAGAUUAGUUUUUCUUUUUAACGGCUCAUUUUAAAGGGUGUUCAUUGUGUCAUUGUGUAAGGGUGUUCAGCUACGGUGUUCUGAUCAAGACAAUAACAUGGAAAUCACCCGGAAAGGAAUUUUCACAGGAUCUACUCUCAUCAUACAAAAGCACCAUAGGGCUUUGGAGCAAAGGGUCUCAGACCUUCUUUGACUUUGCCCACACCUCUUAUUUCCAGCUUGUGAUCACUGAUUCUCUUUGGAAAUAGUCCUUUGAUUUGUUCAUUUCUAUUUUUGAAAUUCUACUAGUGGAAUAUAUGUGCAUUCCAUUUUGAAGUGUCAGUAUUAGUCCUUCUUUAGGAAAAAAGGUAGGAUACUGUUUAGUUUCAGCCUAGAUUGUUCAUUCACAUUACUGUAUUGGCUCAAAUAUAAGCCACACACACCCCAAUUCUGACCAUGAAAAAUUAAAGUGCUGCUUAAAUUCUCUACCUUACAAAAAUUGGCUUUUAUGAUAUCGCUGCUGAAACAGACAUACCGUAAAACUGAACAAGUGUGAAUGCCUGCAGAAUUUUAAGGGAGUGACUUAUAUUCGGGUAUUGUCUUUUGUUCUCUCUCCCCCCCCCCCCCGAAUUUUAAAGGUGCAGUUUAUAUUUGGGUGCAGCUUAUAUUCAGGCCAAUAAGGUAUUGGGGGGGUAGUUAUAUAGUGGCGAAUGAGAGUCAUCAUAAUUUGUGGAAGUACUAUUUUAUUGAGAGAACAGAACCUUUUAAAAUUCAGUUUCUCUUUUUUUGCAGCUUCAGAAACAAAAUAAAACCACAGUUCUGCAUAUUGUUACUGUGUGUGUAGAAUGUUAUGGACUAUGAUGGAAUCAUGAUUGUGUAGGGUUAAUGUUUGGUGUAAGGGGCCAUUUAGGUUCAUUUAGGAGUGAGUUAAUCUUGAUAACCCCCCUCUCUGGACCCAGAUGAUGGUUUGGUUGCUACACAACUGCUAUGGCUCCACGGGCUCUUCCACCCAGCUGCAGUCCUAUGGUUUCAUUUGUGUCUGGGUCCAAUUUGCUGAAUCAGUUGGCAUCAUCCUUUCUUCCUCUUUUUCUGGAGUUGGCACCAGACUGGGGAAGGGUGAUCAAGAGACUGAUUGAACAGUAGACAUUGUGCUUUUUCCUUUCUUGCUGCAUAGUGGUAUUCGGAGUUGAGGUUUUUAUGUUCAUUUAUUGCCAUGUACAGGUAGACUUAUUGAGACAAUUGCUUUAGGGCUGUAGUAAUCUCUCUCUCUCUCUCUCUCUCUCUCUCUCUCACACACACACACACACACACACGGAGGGGGGUGUUCCCCCAGUUUCUUUGUUUUCAGAAGAUAAGGAGUACUUCUCAACACAUUUAUAACAAUACAUAUUUGGAAUCAACAUCAGGCAUGAAUUACCUCUGUGCUGGGUGUCUUCUCAUAUAUAUCUAAAUGUAUAUCUAUCUCUGGGUGGAUUUACAUGGGGGGGAGGGACCACACGCUGUAAAUCUGAAAUUAGAUUGUUAUAACAGAAGAAGAAAAAACCCUAUGGAAAUUCAUGUAGAAAAACUUUCUGCUCUCUGGUGGCAUCUGGUGUUGUAUAUUCAUAACACAUUCAAAUUGUUGUUUCUGAGUCCUCUAUCUAUCUCUCUCUCUCUAUAUACCUAUCUACCUACCUAUCUGCCUGGUUUGUUUUAUUAGAGAGGACAGCUUUUGUUUGUUUUCUGCUCCAAAUAAAAUUAUAGGAUCAAACCAGAAAUAAACUCCAGUUUCUUCCCACCUUUUAAAGGGGAAAGGAGUCCCUUUGAACAUAAGAAGACAUGUGCUAAAUCAGACCAAAGAUCCAUCUAGUUCAUUUUCUUUCCCAUAGUGAUGCAUACAGAAAGCCAAUACACAGAGGUUUAAGCUGCUGCUGCUUUAUCCCACAGGCUAUUCUGAGGUAGUCUGUCUCUCAAUCUGGAUGUCCCAUAUAAGAUUUUUAUGCAUUUAAUUCUUCUUGUUUAAAAAGAAGUGUGCUUGUUUAUCUGCACUUAAUAAUAUAGAGGAGAGCCCAUAGAUCUGUAAGAGAGCAUGUUUCACAUACAGAUGUCUAGAAGUUAAAUUCUCAGAUUCCCUGGAAGUAAGGCUGUUUAAAAAAAACAACUACUAUGGAUUUGAGACCUUGGACAGUGAGUUGUAGACUAGAGAGUUGUAGACUAGAAAGAGUCCAGUUCUUACAGGAUUAAGGCAGCAGCUAUACCGCAUUGCUUAAAUUCCUAACAACUUUGCAAUUUAGCUCAACCUACUGCGCCCCCUGGAUCCAUCUACUGUUAAUUCCAUUUACUGUGACUCCACUUUUUACUGUUGCCACCUGUUAUACUUUCUGCCCUGCUGAUAUAAAUGGGUGCCAGCAGCCUCCUUGUUUAGUAACAAAAGGUUUAUCUUUUUAAAAACAAAACAAAAAAACCCAAGGAAACCUGUUGCCCUGUUUGAAUUAAAUUGAAUUGAAUUGGAAAAAACAACAACCAAAAACCCCCCCCACUGUAUCCAAGGCACAGCUUGAGUCAAAUGAACGCUUUAGUUGGAGCCAAAAUGACAAAAGACCAGUGACUGGGCUGUCUGUUGCCAUAUUUGUGCUUUUAUUUAAAAUCUUCAUAAUGACAAUAAUUGCUGGUGCAUUUAUAAAAGCAGCGUCUGAGUGCUUUCUGAUUAUGUGGGAUGCUUGUAGAUAUGAAUAAGGUUGAUGGACAUGCUGUUCUUUAACAUUUUAUUCUCCUCUUCCCAUGUAUUUGUCAUAUUUGUGAAAUACAGUGGUACCUUGGGUUAAGAACUUAAUUCAUUCUGGAGGUCCGUUCUUAACCUGAAACUGUUCUUAACCUGAGGUAACACUUUAGCUGCCGCACAAUUUCUGUUCUCAUCCUGAAGCAAAGUUCUUAACCCGAGGUAUAUUUCUGGGUUAGCAGAGUUUGUAACCUGAAGUGUCUGUAACCUGAAGCGUCUGUAACCUGGGGUACCACUGUAAUGCCAGAGGCAAUCCAAUGGCAGGAUCCGCUGGGAGGAUGCAGUGAACCUCUGGCUCAGCCAGAGAUGCAGUGGAGAAACUUGCUCAUCCCAGCUCAGUGUAGCAGGCCGGUGUAGGUCCCGAAAAAGAGAUGUUCCUGGUGGUAACAGGACCAGAUAGUGGGGGACAAAGAGGAUGGAUCCUAAGUCCAUUCAGCUCAAUUGCAUGACAUGGCAACAUGACACAGAACAAUAUUUUAAGGAAGUUUUCCCUCUUCCAGGCAUGUGUUUAAUGUAGGAGAGGCCGAGCUGGUGUAAACAGAAACUGAGCAGGAAAAGCCAACAGUCUCUCCUACAUUGUGAAUUUCUUAGGGGUGUAUUUCUUAUAGGCACCCACAUUGGUGACCCAUGACAUGUAACACAUGCAGUAUCAAAAACAUGGCCUACUCAGCCGGACAGGCAGUGAUUGGGUGCAACACAUGAUGCCCUCACUUUAUGACUUACAGUCCUCUUUCAUCCAGGUGUUUGCUUGUGGGAGAAAUCUAGGGCUUGGGGGUAGGGAGCUAUGGUACAUGAAAAACAAAUGCGAUGAAUAAAGUAAUAAUUAUACUGAACCAACAAAGGCAAUGCAGAUGAGGCCUAUUGUGAAGUGCUUAUUGAAAGCAGGCUCCUAGCAGCCUCUGUCUCCUUCUGCCUUCUCUCUCUCUCUCUCUCUCUCUCUGUCUGUCUCUCCAAUGAACAAGGAGCCAUGUGAAAUGGCUCCCAGUUGUAAGAAAAACCAAGUGAACUGAAUCUCUUUAUUUUACUGCCAACAGACUUGUGCGCUGUAACUUCUGAAACGGCACUUAAUCCAUAAAACUAAGUUCCUGUGAUUUAUUCUAGCCAAAUAUUUUCAUGAGGAACAGUUGUUUAAAUGUAGAUGAGGGCAGGUGUAACUCUAACCAAAUUUUAAUGUGCUUGGAACAAUUGUCAUUGUGCUAACUCAGUUAUGAGAGAGAAAAGAAUUUCUCUUUCAAACCUUUCUCUCCAACAAUUCAUUCACACAAAAUGAAGGUGUGAGAGCCAAACCUGGUAGAAAGAUCAUAACUUUGUUGACCAACAAAACUGAGGAUUUGCAAAAAUAGCCUUAACAAGCUUGCAGGAAGAACCACUUUGACCCUUAUACAGUAGCCAGAUCACUGCCUAAUGUACACAUUUACAUUUUUCAUAUGCAUUUUGUAUUCAUUAUUCCCCUAAAAUGUGCAGAUAUUUUUAAAACUCAAAUUGCAUAGCAAAAUACAGAGACAUACUUACAUAGAUAACUGGGUAUCUUCUGAUCCACAUGUAAGUCUAGUGCCAACUGAAUCUUGUUCGUUUAACUUUUAAAUGCCUACCACACAAAUUUCUACGUCAUCCUAAUACAGAUACAAUGUUCCCUUCUCAUCUGGGAACCCUCCACAGGCUCAGACACUUUCCCUCUCAUCCAUUAUUUUAACUCCUUCCCACUUGUUGAUACUCAAAGCUUGAUCAGUUGUUUAUUGUCUCUCGUUCCCUCUCCUCUUUCAGUGCCCCUACCCCUUCUCAACUGAAUAUGUGAUGAACUUUCCCUGUGCCCCCUCCCCAUACCCAAAAUCUUCUGUGGAGGGUUGCCCAACCAUCUAGAGCUGAUUUUGAGGGCAUACACAGUUCUGGAGGGGAGAUGAGAUGAGGGGAAAGUUCCAUUCCACUAGCAUAUGUCAUAAGAGUUAGCAUUCAACAACAUUUGAUGCCACCAUUUCCCAUUGCCUAUGUUGAAGAUUCAGGUCUACACUGAAUCUUUUAUGUUUCAUUCCAUUAAAUUCCUGAUGCAUCAUCAUAUUUUUUCUCCAUCAGUUGAAGCUCCCCCAAAAGUUGUCUGUAUUCCAUACUGGAGCAUACCUUCAGAAGAAAAGAAAAAGAAAAAGAAGCACCCCAAAACACUUUCUACAGUGGUACCUUGGUUCCUGAAUGACUUAGUUGUCGAACAAAUCAGCUCUCAAACACUGCAAACCUGGAAGUGUUCCAGUUUGUGAAUGUUUUUCGGAAGCCAAACAUCUGCUGCUUACGCAGCUUCCGAUUGAGUGCAGGAAGCUCCUGCAGCCAAUCAGAAGCUGCGUCUUGGUUUUCGAAUGGUUUCAGGAGUCGAACGGACUCCCAGAAUGGAUUAAGUUCGAGAACCAAGGUACCACUGUAUAUAAAUUUAUUUGCUGGUGCAUCAAAAUUUCAGAUGGUUCUUCAUAAAGUCUGCUGUGCUGAAAUCUGUGUCGCUGGCCUACUGUUUAUUCCCUCUCCACAUGCACAUGCACUUUACUAAGGUGGCAAAAAACAAAAGAAAAAAACCCCAGCCUGGAUUACAGAAAUGCUAAUUACCUCUGUAUAAUUGGAAUGACUGAUUGUAUCUGCAUCGCUUCAAAGCUUGCCGGCUUCUUAGAAGAAAAUAAUAAGACAGUGUAUUCUGGCAGUGAUUGUUUCAAAAUGGUGCAGGCUGUUUAGAGUGGCAAUUGCUGUGCCUUUAAGACUGGAAUUACUGGAGGUUAAAUUGUAUCUUAAAAUGCUGACAAUUAAAUGGAAAACUUUUAUAGCUGGCAAUGAAAAAUUACAUGGAAUUAUUCAAGGAGCUUUAAAAAAAAAGAUAACUUAAAAAAAAUGCCUAGGAGAAGAUCUAUUUGAAAUUUUGCCAUUUUCUACAUCCUCCUAGGACCUUUUUUUUUUUUUUUUUACCUCUCUCUGUAAUCAAUGAGAGGAUUUUCAUAUACUUAGGCAGGUUUAAAAUCAGGCCUCUGAAAUGUUUCUAUGGUGACUGAGUAAUGUUGCACUGGGAAUCGAAGUUGGAUUAUCGUUUUAGGCAAGUAAUAGAAGAAGUGACCCAUUCACUUUGAGGGUCCAUUUAACCUAAAAGUCAAUUAAAAACACAUAGGGUUUUUUUAAAAAGGAAGAAAAGGAAGCCAUUAUAGGCAGCCCACAUACCUGUUCUUUAAAUGCCUUUCUGAAAGUCUUUUUUAAAAAACAAAACAAAACUCGAUUUUAUUUUAUUGCACCUCAACGUUUUGUUUUCCUUAAAUCCAACGGCAAAUCUAGUCACAAAUCUUACCAAACUUAUGGAGCAUUUCGCCAACAGCAAGCCAAGACUCCUAAUAUGAUGGCCAGUGUCAGCCAGAAGCAAAAGGCAGCUACAGGAGUAUUAAGGGGACUUUAUGGGCAGGAUCCUACCAGGGAUGUGUUGAAGAGCACUGAGAAAUUCCUUGAGCUUCAGCAAAACACUUUUAGCUUCUCUCAUAAUUUCUUGAUUUGCUUGAGAAGAUUCGCCUCCCAAAGUUCGCUACCUGUGGGAAACUAAUGACUGCUCUUUUUCGAAAUUCUAAGAGCUAUAAAACACCUUGGGCCUGAUGAAAUUUGACCUUAGCACUUCUCAGAAACUGCUAUAGGCUGCCAACUUUAUAAAUUAGGAGGUUUGAGAUAUCAGAAUAGACACAUGUGUCUCAUGUUGUCAUGACACUGAAGCACUAAAGUUUCCCAAAAUUAAUUCAGUGCAUGAUGUUUUGUUUCAUAAUUACCAUUCGCAGAAUGUGUCCUUCUGAUUCCGCUUAGCUCUCCAUCUUCCUCAUUCAAUUCUUUCUCAUUCCCUAAGGUGUCGCACACAUCUGUGCAACUUUCUACGGUCUCCCCUAGCUUUCUCCUGCCAACACCUUGAGAAAGUGUUUUUGUGAGCUGAGUUUUGUUUUUUCUCUCUCUCUCUCCUCGUGAUUUGAAAGGUCAAUACAGAAAUGUCUGCAGCUGUGAAGCAUGGGAAGAUGGAAGCCAUAUGAAACAAGAGUUCUUCUGAAAUUGACUGACAGGCCUUGUGGAUAAUGAUCCACAUCCCACAGUGCUAAUGGUUGUGUUCCUUUGGUUUAAAGCAAAGCCAAAGAAAACAGGCCCAGUAUUGUAAUGUAUGAGUUCAUUUAGGUCACACGGCAAGAGCAGAAAGAUCAAGGGCUCCUUUGCAGCCUUUAUAACUUAGGUGAACAAAAUGAUGAUUGAAUAGACCUGUGCUUUUAUUUUUCCGCCACAUAUUCCAAUAUGUGAAAAAAGGACUUGCACAGCUCCCCUGCGACCCCAUGACAUGUAGAGAAACCCAGUGCAUCUUUUAAGUGGUCAGGAGGUAGGCUUCAGUUAGGCAUGCCAGGCAAUUCUGUUGAAAACAAAAAACAUAGGUGAACAUUUCUGAUGUAUACUUACUCAUUUCUUGUUCAGAAUGGAAAUCAAUCCAACAAACACAAUUGGUAUUCACUGUUGUUGUCACCUUCAGUCUGCAAAUAGUAUGUAAUUGAUUUUGUUUCUUACGUCAUCCUAUUUGAGAUCUGUUUCCUUUGCCCCACCGAGGGCAGCAAAAAAACAAUGUUUAUUGAUGAAGGAUGAACUGCAGCAGAAUGGAAAAGGUAAAAAGGUAAAGGGACCCCUGACCAUUAGGUCCAGUCGUGGCUGACUCUGAGGUUGUGGCACUUAUCUCACUUUAUUGUCUGAGGGAGCCGGCGUACAGCUUCCGGGUCAUGUGGCCAGCAUGACUAAACCGCUUCUGGUGAACCAGAGCAGCGCACGGAAACGCCGUUUACCUUCCCGCCAGAGCGGUACCUAUUUAUCUACCUGCACUUUGACGUGCCUUUGAACUGCUAGGUUGGCAGGAGAGCAGAACGGAAACAGUGCUGCUAAUUUCAACAUAGUCACUUACAGUUCCCCAUACAGUGAUACCUCGGGUUACGGACGCUUCAGGUUACAGAUUCCGCUAACCCAGAAAUAGUACCUUGGGUUAAUAACUUUGCUUCAGGAUGAGAAGAGUAAUCGCACGACAGAGGCACAGCAGCAUCGGGAGGCCCCAUUAGCUAAAGUGGUACUUCAGGCUAAGAACAGUUUCAGGUUAAGAACGGACCUUCAGAACGAAUUAAGUUCUUAACCCGAGGUACCACUGUACUUAGCUGGAGCACAAUGAAUGGUGCAAAAUAAACAAAUCCUUCUGCUUGUUUUCAUCAUAUAAUCAGAUCUUAGCUAAACUUUUGCAACAAAUUCCAAUUAGGCAAAUUUGCUUCAGGGUCCCACCUCCCCAGUUCAUUUAUAAGGCAAAGGGACCCCUGACCAUAAGGUCCAGUCAUGGCCGACUCUGGGGUUGCGGCGCUCAUCUCGCUUUACUGGCUGAGGGAGCCGGCGUACAGCUUCUGGGUCAUGUGGCCAGCAUGACUCAGCCUCUUCUGGCGAACCAGAGCAGCACACGGAAACGCCAUUUACCUUCCCACCAGAACGGUACCUAUUUAUCUACUUGCACUUUGACGUGCUUUCGAACUGCUAGGUUGGCAAGUUUAUCUCCUCCGACUUUAAAAGUGCAAGCCUUUGGCUGUCCACUCAGAAGUUAAGUUCCACUGAGUCAAUAGAAACUAGAAGUGUAGUCAAAAACAUGUUUACUGAGAAGUAAAUUGUGUUGAAUUCAUUAGGACUUAGAACAAGUGGGUUGGGAUUGGCACUUGAGGCUGCAUUCCUACAUGCACUUACUAGGGAGUAAAUUCUCUUGAGUGCAGUGAAAGCUUCAUUUAACAAGCAUGUAUAUUAUUGCAUUGUUGCUUUCUGGUAAGUAUAGGAUUGCAGCCUAUAACUAGUUUUGAAUAUGGUUAGAUAAAUCUUGCCCCUGAAUGGUAAGGAGUUCAUUUUGGUAACCAAGUGAAAUAUAAGGCAGGAUUCCUGCAUCUUUAUUACUUGUGUAGAAGAGGGAAGUUCAGCAGAAGUCUAUAUUUGUGAAGUAGUCCUCAUAAAUUCCUUUUAAAAUGUUGUUUAAAUUGAUUAAUACAGCUACAGGAGUGUGUGUGUGCUGCAAAUGACAAAGGAAAGUGCAUAUGGUCAAAGAUUGUCAUGGAAUUUAUCAUUCCAAAAUGUUGCCCCAUAGUCCAUUUUUGUAUGAAUUUGUUCUGUGUUGUCCUUCCUUCUCAAAUUUGGAGAUGAUAUCAUAGUUUCAAUGAAGUCACAGUGACCCAGAUUCUACAAAAUCAAUCUGACUAAGGCAGGGAAAUAGAUGUCCUCUAGUAAGAAGUAAUAGGCAUCAUUCUCACUGUUAUUAACCAAUGCUGUGUCCCACAUUUUUUGGCCCAUGCUCCAUCAAUUUGUAAGAAAAAUUUUUUUAUUCAAAACAUCUCAAAAGGGAGAGAAAAUUUGUCAAAUUUCCUUGGGUGGGGUGCAAUGUUUCUGUUGUGCUUUCCUAACUUUCAAGAUAGCCCAGGGACAUUUGUGUGAAUGCUUUCUUUAAUUCUACAACAACAACAGCAGCAGCAGCAGCAGCAAAACUUCCCAAAAAACAUCACACAAAAACGCCUCUCUUUUGGCCUACACUCUGCAGCCUUCCCAGGUACCGUUACUUCCUGUAAAUGCUAUGACAUCUAGAACUGGGUUUUCCUAUAAACAUAGGAAGCUGGGGAGGCUGUCUAUUGUGUAACUAACACCACAUAUAUUAAGUCUUUGUAUUUUUACAAGAAAUCCAUGUGGAAGGAAAGCCAAGCAUUUUUCUUUUAAAAAUAAAAUCAGGAAGGGAACCAAUAUCAGAUGUCCUGUAGUCAACCUCCCCAGCUUCCAUUAAAAUCAAGUGGAGACAUAUUGAGGCAAUUUUCCCUCAUGUUGCUUUUUCAAAUCAGGAAAUGUGGGCAGACAGAGAGGUUGGAUAGCAUUGGAGAAAUGCUUGAUGACACACCUACCCACCCAUACCACAGUUAUAACACAAUGAUAAAGUAAGGUGAAUCCCACAUACUCCAGAAAUGCUAAUGAAAUUCUAAAGCACCUGAGAGAGAGAUGGAAAAAAUGAAAGCCUCUUCCACAGUACAGUUGUACCUUGGAAGUUGAACAGAAUCCAUUCCAGAAGUCUGUUCGACUUACAAAAUGUCUGAAAACUGAAUCACGGCUUCUGACUGGCUACAGGAAGCUUCUGCAGCCAAUCAGAAGCCGCGGAAGCCCCAUUAGACGUUCGGGUUCUGCAAACCAGAACAAUCACUUCUGGGUUUGAGGUUUUUGGGAGCCAAAACGUCUGAGUUCCGCAUUGGGAUCCACAAUAUGACUGUUGAAGCAAAUCUCUGAGAAAUUGGAGGAUAGCACUACUUAAACAAACUGGAUACAGGGGAAAGUGUUCUUGUCUUCACAUCCUGCUUGUGGACUUCUCAUAGGCACCUGAUAGGUCACCACAACAUCUAGAGGGCUGGAGAUUCGAAGAUCCUGACCUAGGAACAGUCUGUGCUAACCUCAUCUUGUGUUCUUAUGCCAUUUUUAACCCAACCUUCAUAAUCUGAUCCCACACUGGGUUACAAGAUCAUUUAAAAUAAUUUAAAACAAACAAGAAUCCAGACAAAAUAAGAACAGGUUAUGUUUUGGAGUCUGUGGGCAGGUGGAAGGGAACCAUAAAACAUUGUUCUGUCAUUGUGGUGUCCAGUAGGCUAGAAUGUACUAAAAAUCAGGAUGCAUCCUUUGGGCCGUGAAAACAAUCCAAACUAUAUUGCCAUUUUUUCAACACAGUCUUUCAAAAACCAUUCCACUCCUCCUACUGCAACGUAGGCUGCCAUUUCAUAUCACAGUGAACAAAAAUAAUGCUAAUAGAGAUUGCUGUAUCCAAUAUGGCAGCACAAAAUCAUUCAUGAUUUUAAGGUGCUAAAUUCUGAUCCUGAAAGUAGACGUUCAUGAAAGAUGAAAGACUCCAGGUAGAGGAAAAGGUUACAAUGCAGGCCAAGAGAUAGCCGCAAAUAGAGGGAAAGGUGUUGGAAGACUCAUUUAAAACUGUUGGGAAUUUGAGGUGAGUACCCACGCAGUGGCAGUUGUCCCUAGUUCCACUCACCACACAGAAGCAGCUUAAGAUACAAAACAGAUUACUGCUGUAGAAGCUAAGGCUUCAGUAAUACAGUUCCAGAUGUUGAUAUAUGUACAGCUUGUAGGCUUUGCAGACACAGAUACAUACAAGCACAAAGGAUCUGUUGUUCCAACUUCAAGGCAUAACACAGACUCCGACUCACAGACAGGCUCACUGACUGACGUGCCUUAAUCACUUACGCAUAUAGUCAUACCUUGGUUGUCGAGCGGAAUCCGUUCCAGAAGUCUGUUUGGCUUCCGAAAACAUUUGACAACCAAGGCGCUGCUUCUGGUGACAGCAGGAGCUUCCUGCACUCAACCGGAGUCCGUGGAAGCCCCAUCAGACAUUCAGCUUCCAAAGAACGUUCGCAAACCAGAACACUCACUUCUGUGUUUGCGGUGUUUGGGAGCCCAAACAUUCGAGUCGCAAGGCAUUCAAGAUCCAAGGUAUGACUGUAUAGCCAUCACUGGGCUAUUGCCACAGCAACUGGCUUGGCUGAUGAUGUACCUCUUGGCUUGUAUAAUAUAUGGAGUAAUUUGUGCACAUGAAGGAAAUUACCCCCUUCCUCCAUGUCCAGUUCCUUCAACAAAAACUUCUUUUCCUAUCACUGACUGUAUUACUUGAGAAUUCAACAUAUUUUUAGAGUGAUUUAGGUUGCUUUAUUCCUCAAAAUAUUUUUUAUGUUAAUCUUGGCAUGACAUUGUUGUGUGGCUUCUUCUUUUUUUAAAAAAAAGAAUCACUAUUGUACCAUUGUACUCUUUAAAAAGGAUACAUUUUCAUUCCCACACUUUGAGAGAAAUCUUUUUAUUCUGAAUAAUAAAUUGAGGGAAUCAAUUACUUCUGAAUGCAUAAGAACAUAAUUUUGCCUUUACAGAUAAUGAACUGAAUAGAGAUGAAACUGAAAACGAAUCCAUUACUAAUAAUGAAGAUGAGAAUGCAGCAGAACUAUGUACCUCCUUUUGUGGCGAGGCAUUGUAUAAAUCAUGGGUUAGAAAAAUGGAGAAUCAAGGACACUGAACAGAAAUGUAUGCCUCUGUUGUAAUAUAUGAAGGGAGGAUUUGAGAGCUGACAUUGUUAAUAUUACUUAUGUAGCUGUAAAAGAAAUUAAACAGCCCACUCUCCACUGAAGGACCUUGACGCAAGUAACAAAUUGUGAAUUGCUGCAUUCAAAACACUGCAAAAGCAUCCAUUAAAUUAUGUUGGCACAUGUACGCUUCCUAUUAAAAUGUCAAUAGAAAAAUAGGCUUAAUGGUACUGCACUGUAGAGAAUAUUCAAGUCUAUAAUCCAGGCAAAAUAUUUUCAGAGUGUUUUUGUUAUUUCUCGAGUUUCUAACUCCCUCUAGCUAAGGGCCUUUUGAAUCAUUACUCCACACACAUUUGUUACUUCCAUGUGUGAUGGGAAUGAAAGUAGGUUUCAGGCUCAUUUGCUUUCCCUUGCUUGGAGAUCAAGAACCUGACCACCCACCAGAUGUUGAUAGGCUACAACUCCCAUCCUGGCUAUUGGCCAUUUUGUCUGGGGUUGAUGAAAGUUCUAAUCCAACAUCUGGAGGGCCACAAUUUUCCCAUCCUUGGCUUUGUUCUUCCUCUGCCUGUCCUUCACUCCACUUACCAAUGUAGCUUCCUUCUUCUUCUUUGGCAAUCACUCAUAGCCAAGUAAGAUUGUCUUCCAUAAACAUGGUUUUAACAGUGAGUCCGUAAGUGACUGUGGAGGCCAGUUUUGGAUCUACACAUCUUUCCACAAUGGGAAUUUAUGUUUCCGGGUGGGAGUUGAUCACUGUGAGGGGUAGCCAAGCGUGCCUUUCUCUUAGCAUGUUUCUCCCUUUCAUCCUGAGUUCGAGCGUCUUCAAAGCCCAUGACAACAUUUGGAGCGCUUGCAGGCCAGUGUUUCCCAGUUGUUGGUGUUUAUACUACAUUUUUUUAGAUUUGCCUUAAGAGAGUCUUUAAACCUCUUUUGUUGAGCACCAGCAUUACACUUUCCAUUUUAAAGUUCAGAGUAGUUGCUUUGGAAGACAAUAAUCAGGCAUCCGAACAACAUGACCAGUCUAGUGAAGUUGAUGUUGAAGAAUCAUUGCCUUCACAGUGGUGAUCUUUGCUUCUUCCAGUACACUGAUAUUAGUUUGCCUGCCUUCCCAAAUGAUGUGUAAAUUUUUUGGGGGGACACUGUUGAUGGAAUCUUUUGAGGAGUUGGAGAUGGCGUUUAUAAGUGGCAAUGUAGCACCUCAACACUGGCUCUCCUUAUCCCUGGAUAGGGGGGUUUGGCCACUAUUAUUCAGGCACUUAUAACUUCCCAAGUCAAUUACUGUAUUGCAAUUUACUCUGUGUGGGACUGGUGAUGAUGAUUUGAGAACUGCCACUGGUGCAAAAUGCACCAAAUCAAAUUGUAGGGAAUGUUUUGAUACCCUAUUGGUUCAACUGUGCUUCAUUGCCUACAGUGGUACCUCGGGUUACAAACUUAAUUCGUUCUGGAGGUCCGUUCUUAGUGUGGUGUAGUGGUUAAGAGCUCGUAAUCUGGUGAACCAGGUUUGCGUCUCUGCUCCUCCACAUGCAGCUGCUGAGUGACCUUGGGCUAGUCACACUUCUUUGAAGUCUCUCAGCCCCACUCACCUCACAGAGUGUUUGUUGUGGGGGAGGAAGGGAAAGGAGAAUGUGAGCCACUUUGAGACUCCUUCGGGUAGUGAUAAAGUGGGAUAUCAAAUCCAAACUCUUCUUCUUCUUCUUCUGAGGUACCACUUUAGCUAAUGGGGCUUCCCACUGUCACUGCACAAUUUCUGUUCUCAUCCUGGGGCAAAGGUCUUAACCUGAGGUACUACUUCUGGGUUAGUGGAGUCUGUAACCCGAAGUGUUUGUAACCCGAGGUGUUUGUAACCUGAGGUACCACUGUAUUUGCUUAUGGGCUCAAUUCAAGAUGUUGGUCCUCACCACCUUUAAAACUUUCAGUUGCUUGGGCUCACCUAUCUAAAAGAGUGUCUGAUCAUACAGGAAUCAGUUCAUGCAUUGUGAUUGGUGGGAGGCAUCCUGUUCCACCUUGCACUUGGGAUCCUUUUGGCUUUGUGGCGGUCACUGAAAACUUUGAAACUUUGCUGAUCCAAUAUACUGCAGCUUGUUUAGGACAGACUGAGGCCAGACACACAGAACAUAUCUCACCUGUCAGGGAACUGCCAUCAGUACUGGAGGGGGAGCGCAAAAGCCAGAGGGAUUCCAGAGAGCAUCCAGGGAUCGGGAGGAGCAGCCCUUCUUCUGGGGAAGAGAAUCAGCAUAGCACCAGUGGAGAAGGGGGGCAGGUGGGGGAAGUGGCGAGGCGGUCCCAUGACUCCUUGCCUGGGACCAGUGGGGAGAGUAGGGGUCCUCCGUUGCCCAUGCCCUCCCUGCGCAGAUGGCUUUCGCGCAGAGAGGGUAGGCAGAGACUAGGUGUCAAAGAACUUCUUUGCUGGAAGAAGUUUAAGAAACGCCCACUCACGGAUUCUGCCAGCGAUUGAGUCAGCCACGGGUGAGUGGCUGUCCGGACAGAAGAGGUUCACUUUGGCAGCCCAGCCAGGUGUUUGCACCCAGCCAGGGAGAUAGGCACCUGCUUACGCACGAGCAACCCCUUAGAACCAUUACAUCACCCAUCUGCACUGACACCUCCUUUACUUCUGAGUGAGGAUGGAUCUGUCCCUUUUGGUUCUCUCAGGGUUGAGCCAGGUGCUGACCUAAAAUAGAGCAGGACUCUUCAUAUCACAAUCAGAUGAGCUGAACCACAUCCUGAAGGGACUUUGAAGAGCAAUACUGGGACUCCUAGACAUACCCCACUAUAGUAUUUGUAGACAAAAACAGUAUCCUUCGUUCAGUCCAUGAUGGUUUCUCAGCAGAUAUUUGCUUAUUAGCUAAAAUGCAAAGGAAUGCCAGAGCAUUGUCUUAUAAAAUUAUGCUGUUUGGAACAAAGUUAGCUUUCAGUCUAUUGAGAGCGAAAUCUUGGCAUCAAAACAGAUGCUUACUUCAGAAAUUUGGCUAUUUGUAGACCAACAUUUUUCAGAGACCUUGUUAUAGCCAAGAAGGAGUUCACAUUAUGUACAGUUGUUUAUGUAGGAAGAUUUUGCAUCUCUUAAGUCUGUAAAGAUACCACCUUGGUGUAAUUUACUUAAACAUAAUCCAGGCCCAGUGGACUACUCAUUUAAAAUAAAUAAGUUUUGUUUGAGGAAGGAACUCACUUUUGCUAGGUUCCAAUUAACGCCUCUUUAGCAAAGAUAACAUACAACCUUUGCCUCUGCUGUUGUGGAUUAGAUAAGGAAGAGGAUCUUCCUCAUUAUCUCUUUAAUUAUUUCUUGACCCAAGAUAUUAGGGGGGGGGGGCUGAUCAGUCUAAAAUUGGUAUCAAUAGGUCAGUGUGCCAAAGAUAGAUUUCUCCUUUGCGAUAAUAAUAUUAAGAUACGGAGAGCUGUUUCUAAUUUCUUAAAGGCAUCGGUUAACACAAAAGCCAAAUUUUAUGAGGCAAAAAUUACAAUUUGUAUUGGAGAAGCAUAAUCAUUUCAAUUCUUUUCAUUCUAUUUUUGUAUGUUUUAUUAGUUAUGACUAAUAGUUACUUAUAAAAAAACUAAAGCUGGAAAUUGGCCUGAAAGAAUUUUAAACCUCAGUACAGAUGGAUUUAGUAAUUUUAUUCAGUGGGUUGACUGACAGGCUUUAAACAAUUUCAAUUGAUUUAUGCUUAACUUUAAUUUUAUUUCUCAUCACAUUUAUCCCCUGUUUUAUAUUGUUAUGACCAAAGAUGAUAAGCAGUAAAGUUAAAUUGAACUAUAUUUAUUUACUGUAUUUGUUUUUGUUUACUGUCACAUACGAACUGCUCUGGGGGUUCUUCCAUGGCUGAAGAGCAGGAUAGGUAAAGGUAAAGGGACCCCUGAUCAUUAGGUCCAGUCGUGGCCGACUCUGGGGUUGCGGCGCUCAUCUUGCUUUAUUGGCCGAGGGAGCCGGCGUACAGCUUCCGGGUCAUGUGGCCAGCAUGACUAAACCACUUGUGGUGAACCAGAGCAGCGCACGGAAAUGCCGUUUACCUUCCCGCCGGAGCGGUACCUAUUUAUCUAUUUGCACUUUGACGUGCUUUCGAACUGCUAGGUUGGCAGGAGCAGGGACUGAGCAACGGGAGCUGACCCCGUCGCGGGGAUUCGAACCACUGACCUUCUGAUCGGCGAGUCCUAGGCUCUGUGGUUUAACCCACAGCACCACCCGCGUCCCUUUUGAAGAGCAGGAUAGAAAUAUAUAAAAUAAGUGCCAAAUGCACAUGAAAUAAUAUUGACUAGAGCAGAUUUCCCCAGCUUGGUGCACUCCAAACCUUGUUGGAUUCCAGUUCCCAUCAGUCCCAGCCAGCAUGGCAAACAGCCAGGAAUUAUUGGAGCCAUAGGCUGAAAAUCUGGUGGGUACCAUAUUCAGGUAGGUAGCCGUGUUGGUCUGAAACAGUUGAAAUGUUCUUCGGAUACACGGAAACAGAAGUCACCAGACCCUUAUAUAUAGUGGGAGGGUGGGGUAGGGUUUUUCUCAGGAGGGUAGUAGGAGAUGAGUGUAGAGGUGGAUCAAAGUUUGGGGAAGGUUGUAUGAAGCAGGACCUUCUCUCUUUUGGUACCCACUAUUUGAAAUAUAGUGUUGGCAUCCAUCUGUGUCAGGAAUCAAUAGAAGAGUGUGCCUUUGGGGGGUCAAACUGUUGGAAGGUUACAGCGCCUGCUGUGGCUGUAGAGAACAAUGUGGGAGAGACGUAUGUUGUUGCAGUUAGGGCAUAUGAAGGCUUGCAGUUGUGCCACUGCAGAUGCACCAUAGUGUUUCUACUCUCUGUGCUCCUCCCAGGGGUUAUGUCUCCUGUGGUCACUGCUAUGGAUACACAACUUGACUGCCUAUCCCCAAGCAAGGCAUGGCAGCGGUGAUGUUGCCAGCCUUCAGGUCACAUUUGCCGAAACCUUCGUCUUCACUGGCACAUUGUCUGGCAAUCCGCUGGAGAUCACUUCUUGCCUUAAUGAGCAUUUGUUGUUGUUUAGUCGUUUAGUCGUGUCCGACUCUUCGUGAACCCAUGGACCAGAGCACGCCAGACACUCCUGUCUUACACUGCCUCCCGCAGUUUGGUCAAACUCAUGCUGGUAGCUUCAAGAACACUAUCCAACCAUCUCGCCCUCUGUUGUCCCCUUCUCCUUGUGCCCUCCAUCUUUCCCAACAUCCAGGGAGUCUUCUCUUCUCAUGAGGUGGCCAAAGUAUUGGAGUCUCAGCUUCAGGAUCUGUCCUUCCAGUGAGCACUCAGGGCUGAUUCCCUUACGAAUGGAGAGGUUUGAUCUUCUUGCAGUCCAUGGGACUCUCAAGAGUCUCCUCCAGCACCAUAAUUCAAAAGCAUCAAUUCUUCGGCGAUCAGCCUUCUUUAUGGUCCAGCUCUCACUUCCAUACAUCACUACUGGGAAAACCAUAGCUUUUACUAUACGGACCUUUGUUGGCAAGGUGAUGUCUCUGCUUUUUAAGAUGCUGUCUAGGUUUGUCAUUGUUAAUGAGCAUAGCAAGUGUCUUUUUGCAGGGUGCAUGCUACCUUAGUUCUCAAACUUAAUCCGUUCCAGAAGUCCGUUCCAAAACUAAAGCGUUCCAAAACCAAGGCACACUUUCCCAUAGAAAGGAAUGCAAAACAGAUUAAUCCGUUCCAGACUUUUAAAAGCAACCCCUAAAACAGCAAUUAACAUGAAUUUUGCUAAUGAGACCAUUGAUUCAUGAAAUGAAAGCAAUGAUCAAUGUACUGUAUUAUAAAAUAAAUAAGACAGUAUUGUAGAUGAUAAAAAAUAAAAUGAAUAUUUUUUUUCUUCCCUGCACUGAUGAUAAUCAUUGUUUGGAUAGGGUUUUUUUAUCCAUUUCCACUGUCACACAAUCAAUCAAUCAGUCAGUAGCUGAACUGGGUUCCACACAGUCACAAAAACAAAUUAACUGAAAAGGCCUCAAAACCAAAAAUGGCAAAUAAAUAGCAAAAACAAAAGCGCCAAACUUCAUCCAUUCCAGAAGUCCGUUUUACUUCUGAAAUGUUUGAAAACCAAGGUGUGGUUUCUGAUUGGUGCAGGUUCCCCGGAAACAAUAGCUGACAGCUGCAUCAGACGUUCGGCUUCUGAAAAAUGUUUGAAAACCGGAACACUAACUUCUGGGUUUUCGGUGUUUGAGAACCAAGGUACCACUGUAGUUCAGAAGAGCCUCACACUUUGCAAUGUCUUUUGUGCUGGUCUCACACCAGUUUGGGGUCUGUUGCUCUGUUUUGUCAAAGGAGGACAUAGCUGUUUUAUAUAUUGCCUCUUUGAUGUGGUUCCACCUUGCUCUGAUGCUAUCUCAGGGGAGAGCAUGUUUGAUGGACUCAGAGAAGUGUUCACAAAGUUCAGGUAUGGCUGUUAUGAUGUGAGGGCACACUUUAUGCUUUGUGCUAUGGACCCUCUGUCUGGAGAUAGAUCUUGCACGCCACCAGGGAGUGACCUGUGUCAGUAGUGCCAACUUGGAAGUAGGUUGAGAAUAACUUAAGAUAUUUUCUCAUUAUUUGAAAUAAGAGCUCUGUUUGUUGGACAGUAUUCUGAAUGGGGUCAGCAUGCUUCAUCUCUUUAUGCCCUUUCCUAAUGGUAAAUACAUAUUUCAAGAGCUUUUUAGGUUGCAAUCUGUUGCUAUCCAGGAGUGUUUCAUUCCCGCUGGGUGUUGGUAUUAAGAGUUGUUUUUUUUUAAGCAUUGUAUGGUUUAUUGGACUAUUUAUUAGGAAAGAUGUCUCACCAGAAUCUUUUAUGAAUAAGUAAGCUUCUAAGGGAAAAGAGAGAGAAAACUACUAUCCAGAGUAAGAGGAAAUCCUGCAUUAAAAAAACAGCCAUACUUGUGGGUUUAGGUUGGAACUAAUAUUAGCUGUAAAGGAAAGUGCAGCAUUUGGAAUUAAGGCAUUGAUGUUCCUCAGUCCCUUUGCCUUGUUUGUUGAACACUUGAAUGAUGGAAUUUGUCUCUGUGAUAUCCAAUUCCCUACCAUUUCAAUGACUUUAUCUCUGUCUCAGUUCCAGGACAUAAUUCAAAAUGGAUAAUGAUGAAUACAAGUAUUUUAAUUGUGCCUAUUUCAAUGGGAAUUUGCCAUGGUAACCUAGCACAUGAAGAUAUUUCUCUAUUUCUGUAUUUGGAACGAUUCAGUGUUAGGUGGUCACACAAUCAUAUUAGCAUAGCAGUCUGAAAUGAUACACCACAGUAGCAAAUAAAUGAGAUAGGCUGCUCAGUUGUGUACAGAAGCCCUUAGCAGGGAAGAAUUAGAGGUCUGGGCUCCAUGAGAAUAACAGCUGCUGCACUCAGCUUGUCCCUGCACUUUUACAUACCCGGGACCAAGGGAUGUAGAUACUGGGAAAGGGCAUUAGGAUCCUAACCAUCUUCCAUUUUUGAACUGAAAUGGUGAGCAAAUGUUUGGGCCAAUCUUUUACUCUUCUGCUUUUGUAAUUAUCACUGCCUCUAAAGCAGACAUCCGACUCCUUCUUGUUGUCACUUCAUGCUACUUAUAUUCUUUGAUAAAUGGGUCGAUUGUUUGUGCGUUUCGAAUCCCUUCCCUUCCCUUUACGCUAUUUCUACAUUCUAAGAUUGGGAGCAGCUAGCCUCCAAUUAAUAAUGUGACUGGGGGGAAAUCCAGCACAACAUGUCUCAUGUAUUGGGGAGAUCCACUGGGGGGGGGGGGUUCUGAUGCAGAAGUGAAGCCAUGAAUGUGUUUACCAUUUUCUAAAAGUCAUCCAUCUAAUAGAUUUUAAGUAGAAGCAAAAUGCACAAAUAAUGUUUCAUCAUGAGAAUCAUUAAGGUCCUAUCUACCAUCCAUACAGUUGUUGAACCCCUGAAUUACAAACAAUAACUUUUAGCAUUAUUAUGUUAUAUUACUUUGCAGCAACUGUCAUGAGAUGUCUCCUUUUUUAAAAAAGAGCAAAACAAAAACUAAAGACCAAAGUGAGAUCAAUCUGUCUCUAAUAUCUGAUUAGUAAAGCACCUUUUACAUAUUUGGGAGGCUUUAUUUCCCCAUCAGAACUGUCAGUUAAUAUUUGCUACAUAUAUCUUCAAAACAUCAAUUAGACAUGUAUAGCUAAAUAGUGAGCUAAUGUGCUGUGAACUGGGGGGAUUCUGUUCAAAAAGAAAGUAUCUUUAAGGUCUAGGCAGUUUAUGAUUUAUUUUUUUAAAAAGUAAUCAACACAAUCAGAAAAUCAGAAAAUCAAAAAUGGACAUUUGCAAAACAUUUCAGACUUGUAAGCAAUAUGCCAGGUUAGAACAACAGGAUAGCUUUGUGAAUAUGUGUAUGUGCCUGUACAUGUACAGUGGUGCCUCGCAAGACGAAAUUAAUCCGUUCCGCGAGUCUCUUCGUCUUGCGGUUUUUUUGUCUUGCGAAGCACGGCUAUUAGCGGCUUAGCGGCUUUAAGAAAAAGGAAACAAACUCGCAAGAACUCGCAAGAUGUUUCGUCUUGCGAAGCAAGCCCAUAGGGAAAUUCGUCUUGCGGAACGUCUCAAAAAACGGAAAACUCUUUCGUCUAGCGAGUUUUUCGUCUUGCGAGGCAUUCGUCUUGCGGGGCACCACUCUAUUUAUAUGUAUAUAUGUGUGUCUGGGGCAAGUUGGAGUUAAAACAACAACAACCCAAAAACACUCCCAGAGAGUUAAAAUGCUUCAAAAAUGUGGGUGGGGUGGAGAGAGAGAGAGAGAGAGAGAGAGAGAGAGUCUGACACUAUAUAAAGAAAACACUGAGGGGAAUGGGGGAGAGGAACUAGAGCUUGCUCCUUAGGAAAAACUCCUCCUGAAACAUUCCCAUGAAGGACUCUGCUACCCCGAGAGCCAAGAGAGAGAGGGGAAGGCAUACUAUUUGGAAUGAUCUAUGGCCAAGAGAGUGGGACGCAGGUGGGGCUGUGGUCUAAACCACUGAGCCUAGGGCUUGUUGAUUGGAAGCUUGGUGGUUCGAAUCCCUGCGAUGGAGUGAGCUCAUGUUGUUUGGUCCAAGCUCCUGCCAACCUAGCAGUUUGAAAGCACUUCAAAGUGCAAGUAGAUAAAUAGGUACCACUCCGGUGGGAAGGUAAACAACGUUUCCGUGCACUGCUCUGGUUUCGCCAGAAGCGGCUUAGUCAUAGUGGCCACAUGACCCAGAAAAACUGUCUGUGGACAAACGUUGGCUCCCUCAGCCAGUAAAGCAAGAUGAAUGCCGCAACCCCAGAGUCGUUUGCGACUGGACAACUGUCAGGGGUCCUUUACCUUUAUGGCCAAGAGAAAGUUGAGAAAAGUAAAGAGGAGGAUGGCGAGAAAAGCCGAAUGUGGGUGAAAAUGAGUUGCAAAAAAGCAGGAAGUAGGAGGCAUGGGGAUGGAGUUGAAGAUGAAGAUGAAGGCAAGGGUAUGAAAAAGAUCUGAAGAGUGGGGGGAUGAUGGUUUCAUAGGUCAGCAGAAGGUGAAAAGGUGCUUAGCAAUUGUAUGGGCAGGGAGGAAGUUUGCCAUGAUGCCAUACGUUUGGAUUUUCCCAGACAUUACUGGGAUUUCAGGCAGAAUUGAUGUCUGGGUUGAAUUUCUGAAAGGCAGCAUUGUGUCCUAGAUCUUAGACAAGUCAAUCAAAUGCUUUUUUGGCAAUGGGGUGGGUUUUUAAUUCUUGAAACAUGGCAACUCCACCAUGGGCGUGCUUUGUUUACAAGCAGAGUUGCACAAAAAAGUGGGGAGGAGGCAUGGACAUGGGGGUGAAAACAAGGGUGAAAAGUGAGGCUGUAGAACAGAAGAGUAAAACAGCUUCAGAAAUGGGUUUGGGAAGGUGAAUAGCAAGCAUAAUUGCCUGGUGUGGGAAGGGGACUUUCUAGGGGUCUAAGGGCAGGGGGAAUGGCAGAGGGUUUGGUAAAUGGAGCAAGCAGAGGCACAGCCUCUAGUCUAUAUACUGUAGACACACACACAACAUAUCAUAACUUCAACACAUCUGAAAAUAAAUAAAUGUGCUACCACUGUGAAUAAAUUAAUAUAUAAAUAUAUGGGUUAACAUUUUGAGCAAAUGCAGGGCUAAUUCAUUUUUGUUUUGUUUAUGACACUCUAAUCAACAUGAGAUCAAUGGAACUGUGGUUGCCAUAGUGGUAUGGAUGUCAAAAUGUUCAUGCAUUCAUUAGAUUUCAAGAAACAACAUGUUUUCUGGGAUAAGUAAUUAGAGGUACCUAAUCUUUCCGACUGAAAACUCAUCAAACUAUGUGGUGUGUGCGUGUGUGUUGAACAUAAAAAUUGAGCAAAAAACAAUAUUUUUUUUAAAAUUGAAAGUGAGUCCUUGCUCAGAUCCAAGUCCUUGUUCUCCCUCUCUCUUGAAAUCAAGGCAGAAUGGAAGCUCACAAAACAAUGUCACACACACACACACACACACACACAAAUGUAAUGAGAUGUAGAGAAGAAUUUAAUAUUGAACAAAUCCCAAGAAGCACAGAAUGGUUUGUCUUCUUAGAAUAAAACUUCAUCCACAAUUCCCUUGAUGAAAAGCCAAUAGGUUUGAAACUUGCUGGGUUUUGUUCUACAUCAAUAAAUUCUUCACUGCAUUCCAUCAUGGAUUAUUCUGCUCUUUGGGGGGAAAGUAACUGACAGCACAAUCUUAUACAUGCAUACUCAGAAGUAAGUUGUAUUUAGUUUACUGGCAUGACUCCCUGGUAAGUGGGUAUAGGAUUGCAGCUGGAGACUCCCUUCCUUUGGGAGAAUGGAGAGGUUAAGAAUGUUGAUGUUCAUUUAUUUGCCUUUUGUAAAAUAGAAAGUGAAAAAUGAAGAUUAUGCAAAAAAGGUGGGGAAAGCCUCCAUGCAAUUCAUGCAUGGGUUGCUUCAACACAUCAGAAACAAGCUAAAGGAGCACUAGGGUAACUCUCAGAACCAUCUCCAAAAAAAGGUCAUUAGAUCCAGUACUAUGUAGAAAAUGAAACUCUUUAUUUUAGCACAAACGAUGUGAAAAUAAUAAAAUGGUAACACUUCCACUCUCAUACUGUGCAUUUCGAAAGCCAUUUGUGUGCGGUUAUGUGUUCACAGUAAAGACAUGUGAAGGGCAGCAGAGCCAGACAUGUAAGCCCCAGUUCCAAAGACUCUAAAUCUAUGGGGAACUUUCAUGUGUUGAAUGUGGAAGUCCCAAGGAGGCUUCUGAUUGCUUUUAGCUGAACAAACUUAGAAGCCUCCACAAGACUGGAGAAUUUGCAUUAUCAGGGCUUGCAGUCCUGCAAAGCCUUGCUGCUCCAGGCAUUGUGCUCCCCAGUCUCCAACCCGCAGACAAAUAAAGGACCACAUAGACUGGUUUCGAUCGAAACAGGUCACAACUUUAUUGAAUACAGAUGAGAGAGGUUUGGCUUGGGCAUGGGGCAAUCAAAAUACUUCCGGCCCGCCCACCGGAAAUGACGUGUAGGUCAAUCCAGGCAGGGGGGUUCCUAAGACUUAGAUCAAAUAGGGUGAGCCCCCCACAGGGACCACCAUCUGAGGGAGCGUCCUCAGCCCUGGCUCCACCUGGGCACGUGGACAUGACCACUCCCCCCAGAUACCUUUAACGCAGUGUUUCUCAACCUUGGGUCCCCAGAUGUUGUUGGACUACAACUCCCACCAUCCCUGAGCUCUGGCCUUGCUAGCUAGGGAUGAUGGGUUGUAGUUCAACAACAUCUGGGGACCCAAGGUUGAGAAAGGAUGCUAACAGGAUACCCAGCAUUUGGAGGGGCAGGUGGAGACUACAACCUCCCCUCCAUCCAAGACAAAGGAUUGCCCAAUGCCCAACCACCACUUGAGCAGAAUGCUCACUGCCAGACCACUCACACCUGCAUCCAUCCACAAUGUCUGCUAACCAAAUAUCAUUUCCUGUUGAGGAAAGGUGAACACCAUCAGGUCUAAAGAGAGAUACUUCUGAGAAUGUAAUAUUGGGGUGCUGAAUCACCCAGCCAACCCAUUGCAGUAUGCAGCGCCUUACUGCGCGGUUGAUUCCCACAGGGUUAGGGUUGCAUCAUAGACAUCUCUCAAGCAUAUCGGACCAGCUGAGGCAUAUGGUGGAGCAUAAAUUGUGCAGCGCCUGCAAGUCCUCAAUUAUAUAUAUUUUUUUAAGAAUAAUUUUUUAUUAACCAACCAAUCACAUCAUAUCAAACCAAAUUACAUAAAUUCCAAAUUACGCAGCCGAAUUUUAAUUUUUUGUUGAUAUUUCAAGUUCUGAAGGGGAUCCAAUCAACUUCUUGCUUCUUACUGCUGUUUUAAUGUCCACAAAUCUAACCUUAUGAUGUUCAGAGUACUAUCCAGUCCUUUCUUAUUGUUUUUCCAGAUCUCUUGUUGUUAUUUUCAUAUAUUUUUCCUUUCUUUUUGUGACCUCUGAUAAUCUCCGCAAGCUGGUUAGAACAGUUUGUAAUCCUGCGUGGAUUUUUUUUUUUUAUCCAGUAACCAUAUCCAGACGUUUUCCAUAUAACAUCACUUCCAUACAUCAAAACAGACUUAGCGUCAUUAAUCUUCACCAAUCUGCCUCCUUUCUCAAAACCUCUGAGGAGAUUCACUAGGAAUGCAGUCUGAAAACAAGUCCGUUCUUCCUCCCGGCUAUAAAUCCUUUGGCAAGAUGGCGACUCUGAAUUAAUUGCUGCGCCAUUCCCAAAAGCUCUUAUUGCUUCUCGAUCUCCAUAAAGCAUACUUUUGGUUAAAGUUUAUCUCCACACAGACCUUAAUCAUCCUGCUUGGGUCAGUUCAACCAACGAUUCUAAUGAGGAGGGGUUCUUGUAAAUCACAUAGAAGGAAGGUCCCCCCCAUUCAGUCCCGUUGUCAACAUACCCAGCCUUUGGUGUAUCUUCAUCGUAAAAUAUUCCUGUUUCUCCAACCCGUUGUCUUCUUUCACAGAGGUCACUUAAAUUAGCAGACUUCACUCCCCUUCUUCACUUGAAAUAUGUGCAUUUGCUUCUUUUGUAAUUAAUUAUUCCAAAUUGCUGCAACUAGUGCGCGAUCAGAGACAGCAUCCAGGAGAGCCGAGAUCCACACGGGGGCAUUCUGCCUAGGGCCCUCACCCCUUCUUUCGAAUUAGGGGUGAUUUUUGGGCACAGCAGGCAAGGGCAGUGUUCCCCAUUUCCUUGGGGCAACAAGGGAGGCUGCCUACUCCCACAACAGCCUCUUAAUUACCCCGUGUGGGUCGGAGAGAUGGUAUUGUCGGCCAUCUUCCAAUGCGCCCCCUAGUGGCCCCCUGCAAGUCCUCAAUUAUAGCCCACGUUAAGUCAAUUCCCUUGCAUUGGCCCAAAUCUCCCCCCCCAACUGAAUAAUCAGGGCGUCCGGGGGCCCUUUGUGACACCCUGAUAACUCCAUUUUGUAUGGGUCUUUGGACCAUAAUAAAGAAUGUUUGUGUGUUUUGGGAGGUGAUACAAAUCCUACCAGGCACUUAGGGUGGCAUUCAAGCCAGUGUGGUGUAGUGGUUAAGAGCGGUAGACUCGUAAUCUGGGGAACCAGGUUCGCGUCUCCGCUCCUCCACAUGCAGCUGCUAGGUGACCUUGGGCUAGUCACACUUCUUGAAGUCUCUCAGCCCCACUCACCUCACAGAGUGUUUGUUGUGGGGGAGGAAGGGAAAGGAGAAUGUUAGCCGCUUUCAGACUCCUUCGGGUAGUGAUAAAGCGGGAUAUCAAAUCCAAACUCCAAACUCUUCACAACUCUGAAACUUAGGCUGAUGGUGAAUCGUCAAACCAGGGAUCUUCACAGAGGACUCAUGAUUUUAACCCUGGUAUGCUGCACCCUAGUCUAUUUAAUAUCACCCCAAACACUGGAAAGAAGGCAUAGAAGUCUGGUGAGGGUGGGCACAAUCUUUUCCCAUAGGGCUUUUAAUCACACUAGAAAAAUUGUGACAGCAGAGACCCCUUUUAAACCAAGGCUAGACACUUCAGUUUAGUUUGGCACCAAGGACUGCAAUGCUUUGGUGUUCACCCCUUUGCAAGUGGGGGGGGGGCGAACAACUCAGCUUUCCCCUUAUGCCCUUCUUGGUCCCACCCAUGUGACCUUAUUGUAUUUGUCAAUAGGGACUUGACCUCUUUGACCACAGGAUGCACUGCAAGGCCCAGAUGUUACCGGGUGGCUCUGGGUACAGGAGGUUGGUUGGGGGAAAGGAAAGCCUUGCAUGAGCAGAGUUCCACUCAACUCUCUCUCUGGAUCUUUCCCAAUAUGUUUUCCAAUGUAGAUUACUUGUAGCUAGAUGGAGCUUCCCUAUAUAGACAUCGGAUACAUGAGAGUACUUGAAAUUCAGGCAAUUUACAUUUAAUGUUGUCCAGCAGAGCUCCUGCUGAAUUCUGAUUCAUCUGUAAUUUAUUAUUUAAUCUCAGGAUGAAACGCUGUGGAGAGAGAAAAAAGUUGCAUCCAAAAUGUUACUCCGUUUCAAAAUUAGCCAUCUGCCCAGUUGUAUGAGCUCAGCCUUUUCCAGUUCCAAAACAACCCAUUCUUAAUUAAGGUCUGCUCAGAAAUAACCUGUGUGAAAGGUGUUCCUGAACUCUUUGUUUAAUGCUCAAUGAUACUGAUCCCAGCAAACCUUGCCAAUUUACCUGUCACAAAUCAAACUCUCCAAGUGUCCCUGUUUUCCAGGGACAGUCCCAGAUUUACAGAAGCCGUCCAGGUUUCUGAUUUGAUCCUGGAAUGUCCCACUUUUCCUUAGGACAUCUCUAGUUCCAUAAUAGAUAUGUUGGAGGGUAUGGAGUCAUGUGACCCCCCCCGAGCCAAGGAGAUAAGUAACUAUACAACCUUUAGAAAACAUCUGAAGGCAGCCCUGUAUAGGGAAGUUUUUAAUGUUUUUUAAAAUGUUUUUAUAUAUGUUAGAAGCCACCCAAAGUGGCUGUGGCAACCCAGUCAGAUGACUGGGAUAUAAGGAAUAAAAUGAUGAUGAUUGUUAUUAUUAAUACUAUUAUGGAAUAAAGGUAAAGGGACCCUUGACCAUUAUGUCCAGUCGUGACCGACUCUGGGGUUGUGGCGCUCAUCUUGCUUUAUUGGCCGAGGGAGCCGACGUAUAGCUUCCAGGUCAUGUGGCACACAUGACUAAGCCGCUUCUGGCGAACCAGAGCAGCACAUGGAAACACCGUUUACCUUUCCGCCAGAGUGGUACCUAUUUAUCUCCUUGCACUUUGACGUGCUUUCGAACAGCUAGGUUGGCAGGAGCAGGGACCGAGCAACGGGAGCUCACCCUGUCACAGGGAUUCGAACCGCCGACCUUCUGAUCGGCAAGUCCUAGGCUCUGUGGUUUAACCCACAGCGCCACCCACGUCCCUAAUAUUAUGGAAUAGGACGUCCCUAUUUUAUCAGAGAAAUGUUGGAGGGUAUGAAUGCUAUUUCAUAUUAUCAAAUUUGCAGUAGUAGAGAACCAUUACUGUGCACAAUGAAAUUAUACCAUGCAUGCCCUUUUCCCAUCCACCGGGUUCACAAGGGAGUCAAUUUAAAGUGAUUGUCAACACCACCAAACAUCAGUGGAGUUUUGCCGAUUGAUUGUUUUUAUUUGUGCUCUCACCACAGCAUGGUCUGAUUACUGUAUAAAGCACUAUUAUGAAGUCAUAUUUUUUUUAAUACUGCAUGUUUUAUCAAUGGGCCUGCAGCAAUGUCAAAACCAUUAGUGUCCUGAUCUCCAAACCAUGGAGAGAAUGCCUAGGAUAUGAGAGGACAAGGUACAUAGAUUUCAGAACUGGUUUACAUCAACGUCCAAGCAACAGAAACAGCUGCAUUUAAAAGCAGUCAGGGUGUCUCAUGUGAUGGUAGUGACACUUUAAUUAGAACUCAGAUGUAAGAAGAUGUGGAAGAGUCGCAGGACACCGUUUCCCGCCUCCCCUUCCUUGUCUGCCAUUGUUCUUCUCGUUUCACGAAUGUGCUACUUGGUAAUGAACUGAAAUUUAAUACGUCGUUUUCCAUAUUUCCACCUAGGACUGGCAUAAAUAUGGUACCCUGUUUCCAUUUAAUGAAUAGGUUUCUAGGAAUGAUUGCAAUUUCUUUUAUGCGAUUAGAGAAUUGGCGGCCAUGUAAAUGAUGGUGCCAUUCCCCAUUUAUGACGUGCCAAUUUUCUGCCAGCAUAGAAAAAUCUGGGCCAUUUGCUAGUAAUAGAGUGAUUUGCUAAUUAACAUUAGAGCUCUCUAUUGCCAUUCCCUAAGUGGCUAAACAACAAAUGGCUAUAUAAUUUAUUAUUAUGUAAAAUCCAUCCAUCCCCCACCUCCCAGCCCAACCUUUCCUUUUACUCAAAAUGUAUUUAUGUUGACAGGAUCGUCAAUGAUUUCCAAGAAAUCUACCCAAUGAAACAAAGCUGUUUUCCCUGUGUUGAUAAUAUGGGCACAGUUCAGCCAAAGUUAAGCAUUUAUGCAUUUUGUUAAUUUCAAUAGGAAAGUUAAGCAUUUGCUUCACUUCCUCCCACUGAAAUGACACAAUGAGAUUGGAUAUGUACAUUUUGAGGACUAUGGGGUGAAAUAAUAGUGAAUGGAUUAUCCCGUUUUCUUCUGCCUUUUUGUUUAUAAGUCUUUUGGGUGGUCUUCCCCCUGUAAUUCGCUUGAUUUCCUCCCCCUCUGUAUAACUCUUGCUAAAUAAUUUUGUUUCCAAAACAGCAAUAUAAGCGCUGCUUUCUUCAUGCUUUCAUUCAUUUCAAUGUUUACAGCCCCACUGUUCCACUGAAAAAUGUCCACCAUUACAAAAUUUAAAAAUAUAAGAAGAAACAGUUUAUGACAGAAAUGAAAUGGUGCUUUAAAAAAACUAAGUCACAAUGGAAAGCCAGGAGUUAACAGGCAACAGCUAUGAAAUCAGGCAAAAUACUUUCUUUGGGAGCAAUCCUAUAUGCAAGACACUGGCAUAAAGCAAUACAGUGUGAAUUAAGGCAGCAUAAAAUUACACUAGAUCCCAACUCUGCCAAGCAAUGGGACUAUUGAGCUUGGACUAAGCUAGCAAAGAGAACAUGUAUUUAAAUUUGUGUUUGCAUUUUUUGCUGGCUUAAUUUAUGCUGGGUUUCCAGGUCAUGCAACUGUUCUGGCUGGGAUUAGAAUCCAUCCUACAUCCCCAGUCCCUAUUCCCACCAUGGCCACAUUCCCAGAAACCUCCUUUUCAGGGAUUAAAUUUGGGUCGUAGCUGAUCUGGAAUGGGAAAAAUAUACUGCUGUAUCUCCUCCUGAGCUGAGCAUGGGGGAAUGAAGCCAGUGAGCCUGGUUAUACUGGGAGAUCCACUGGAUUCUAACCCCAUUCUUCCCAGUGGACCUUGCUGCCAUAGAGUUGCAAGGAUUACCUGUUUGCCAAAGCAAGCAAGUAGAGAGGUGGAAUAUGUUAUUCACAACUGAGUCCCAAUUCGUUGUUCAAGUACAACUCCCAUGAUCCCCAGAAACCUUAGCCAAUGCUCAAAGAUGAUGAGAGUUGUACUCCAGCAAAAUCUGGGCACACAUUGUUGAAAGACAGAAAAAAGGCAGACAAAUGGGUCUCCAUGGGGAGACAUAGUGAAUUGAGCAGAACAGACUCCUCCAAAUCUAUGAUUUCAUGAUUUUAUGAUAACGUCUCUUGGCAGUGUCAUACAGAAUAAGAGAAAGCAAAGGCACAGAAAACCAGUGAUGAAGUGCUAUGAACAAUAUGCUAAGCUCUCUACCAUCAAGAGUAUCUGCAGCUCUUCUUUGUACAAAUGCCAGGUGGCCAACAAUUUAGGCAAGAGCAGACUCUACUCAGUUAAAGUAUAUUUUGGAAAUUGCUGCUAUGCCUAUUGGACUUUUUUCCUGCUCCGUGCUAUAUAGAAUUGGGUAAUAAGCAACUCUGGGAAGCAGCUUGUCAAUAUUUUUUAGACUAUUAUUAUUUUCCAGAACUGAGCUCUGCUUUGACCUUGAAUAAGUGUCAAGUGAGGGGUUGGGUAGAAUCCAGAAGGGACCUGCGACUAAUUAGAAAUACCAAUUUCCCCCCUUAGUAUCCACACUUGAGAACAGAACAUUUUAGAGCUGUUUUUCCGAUCAACUCCCACCAGCUUCCUUUAAAAAAAUGUCUUUAUUGAGCUGUUUUUCCAGGUGAUGGCCAUCUUGAAUGGCCACUGCAACAAGGUGCCAUAAGCAGAGAAACUUUAUAUUGGUGGUCAGCCUCAGGUGAAAUACAUCACAUUAUCUGUUAGCCUGACUCAACCAAGAGAUCACUUUCUGAAACCUUUGCUCAUAAAAGUACACCCUGGCAUAAAUGGUUUGGUUUCUUUUGAGUGGCAAUAAUAGCUUUGUAACACAGAGAGUAGCCCUCUGUGGACGGGCUGGGGUGUGUGUGGAAAUAAUCAGAGAAAAGUUAUACAAAAUUGCUAUAAAUUGUUGCAGCGAUUCAGAGGUUUGAACUACCACCCCAUCUCAUUGCUUAAUGUGGAUUAUUUUGACUAAAAGACUAAAAAAGUGUUAAUGGAAGAGAUUCAUAAAGACCAAGCAGGCUUUCUCCCGGGUAGACACUUGUCGGAUAAUGUGAGAAACAUAAUCAACAUCUUAGAAAAAUUAGAAGUGAACAUAAAUACUAAGGCAGUUUUGGUAUUUGUGGACGCGGAGAAAGCUUUUGACAAUAUUUCCUGGAGCUUUAUGAAGAAGAACCUACAGGGGAUGGGGGUAGGCCAAGGCUUUGAAAACGGUAUAAGUGCAAUUUAUUCAGAACAAAAGGCUAAAUUAAUUGUAAAUAAUGUGGUGACGGAAGAAUUUAAGAUAGAAAAAGGGACACGACAAGGUUGCCCAAUUUCCCCAUUGCUUUUUAUAUCGGUCCUGGAGGUUUUGCUGAAUAUGAUUAGAAGGGACCAGUUGGUUAAAGGUAUACAAGUCGGAGCCAAGCAGUACAAAUUGAGAGCAUUUGCAGAUGACUUGGUAUUGACGUUACAGGAGCCAGAAUCUAGUACCAAAAGGGUUUUAGAACUGAUUCAAGAAUUUGGUCAGGUUGCAGGAUUUAAACUGAAUAAGUUAAAAACUAAGGUUUUAGAGAAAAACUUAACACCGAUUGAGAGAGAGAGGUUUCAGAAUGAGACAGGUUUAACAGUGGUUAAGAAAGUGAAAUACCUGGGGAUUAACAUGACAGCAAAAAAUGGGAAUUUAUUUAAAGACAAUUAUGAAAAAUGCUGGGCUGAAGUGAAAAAAGAUUUAGAAAUUUGGUCAAAUUUGAAGCUUUCAUUGCUGGACCGUAUUGCUGCGAUAAAAAUGAAUGUAUUGCCUAGAAUGUUGUUUCUGUUUCAAACAUUGCAAAUUUUGGACAAAAUGGACUGUUUCAAGAAGUGGCAGAGAGAUAUCUCUAGAUUUGUCUGGCAGGGCAAGAAGCCUAGAAUAAAAUUUAAAAUACUAACAGAUGCAAAGGAAAGAGGUGGAUUUGCCCUGCCAGACCUUAAACUUUAUUAUGAAUCAGCAGCUUUUUGCUGGUUGAAAGAAUGGCUGCUUCUUGAAAACGCAGACAUCUUGGAUUUAGAAGGUUUUAAUAAUGUAUUUGGAUGGCAUGCAUACUUGUGGUAUGACAAGGUCAAAGCACAUAAAGCAUUUAAAAACCAUAUUGUCAGGAAAGCAUUGUUUAAUGUUUGGAUAUGAUAUAAGGACUUAUUGGAAAACAAAACCCCAAGGUGGCUGUCACCGAUGGAAGCGAAAGCUCUGAAAAAGCUCAAUAUGGAGGUCAAAUGGCUGAAAUAUUGGGAAAUUUUGGAACAAGAUGGAGAUAGACUGAAACUGCAGAGUUUUGAGAAAUUAAAAAACAAAGUGCGAGACUGGCUUCAUUAUUAUCAGAUAAUGGAGGCAUAUAAUUUGGACAAGAAAAUUGGCUUCCAGGAGGAAAAAUCAAAAUUAGAAACAGAACUGUUAGAACCCAAAACUAAGAAUCUGUCGAAGAUGUAUAACUUGCUGUUGAAAUGGAAUACACAGGAUGAAACGGUGAAAUCAGCUAUGAUUAAAUGGGCACAAGAUGUUGGACAUAACAUAAUGAUGGCUGACUGGGAACAGUUAUGGACCACAGGUAUGAAGUUUACGGCAUGUAAUGCCUUAAGAGAGAAUAUUAUGAAAAUGAUAUACAGGUGGUACAUGACACCAGUCAAGCUUGCAAAAAUCUAUCAUUUGCCCGAUAAUAAAUGUUGGAAAUGUAAGGAAACUGAAGGUACAUUCUUUCACCUUUGGUGGACGUGCCCAAGGAUUAAGGCUUUCUGGGAGAUGAUAUAUAAUGAAAUGAAAAAGGUAUUUAAAUAUACCUUCCUGAAGAAACCAGAGGCCUUUCUCCUGGGCAUAGUCGGCCAAUUGGUGCCAAAGAAGGACAGAACUUUCUUUAUGUAUGCCACAACAGCAGCAAGAAUACUUAUUGCAAAGUACUGGAAGACACAAGACCUACCCACUCUGGAAGAAUGGCAGAUGAAGGUGAUGGACUACAUGGAAUUGGCCGAAUUGACUAGCAGAAUCCGAGACCAGGGAGAAGAGUCGGUGGAAGAAGACUGGAAGAAAUUUAAAGACUAUCUACAGAAAUAUUGUAAAAUUAAUGAAUGUUAGAAUGAUGUUAGAAUGAAGUUAAGUGGUUUAAGCAGCAAUGCUAUAAAGACGUAUGUAAAAUGGACAGUUAACAGGUGAAAAUCCAAAGUUAUAGUAUAUUAAGUUAAAGGACUAAGAGAAAAUAAAGAAAAGAAAUUGCUGAAUUAACUAAUUGAAUUGGAAUACAAAAAAGGGAGGUAUGAGGAGGUCAGGGAAGUAAGGAAAUGAAUGUAAGGCGUGGAAGACUGAUGUAUUUUUAAGUGUUUUUUAUUCUUUUCCCCCCUGUAUUUUGUAUUUUUCUUGUAUUUUUACUUUGGUCUUUUGUUUUUGUUUUUGUUUUUUCUCCUUUUCUUUACUUAUGUAAUUCUUCUUUUUGAAAUCUUAAUAAAUAUCAUUUAAAAAACAACAACAGAGGUUUGAUCUGAAAACAAGCUGGGUUCGAGUUUGCUGGUGUCUCUGGUAACCUUUCUCUGGAUGUUGGCUCAUGGUAUAGAUAUAUGAGCUAUAUUGUUUUCUUGUACUGUUGCUGGGGGUUUGUCAUGGCAUUUGGUUAGAAAAAUAAACUUGUUUGCUUGAUUGAUUAUUAUAGCAUUGAUUAUCAUAUUUGUACUAUUGGCAUCCAAUUACAAUUUUCUGUUCUUGAUCUUUCAUCAUUGCCCAUUUUCUAAUAUUCUUAUUUGUAGCUUCUUAGCUACCCACGUAUCUUAAGUUAGGCAAGAUGACAUUCCUCAUUUUUCAUUGUCUCCUCUUUCAUAUAUUUCUCUCCCUUUUUUCUUGGCUGUUUAUAGCGUCUCUAUUACUUUUGGCAAAUGUGGAUGUUCUAUUUGAUUCUUCUCUCAUUCCCUCCCAUAUUUUUAUGUUGCUAAACAUUGAAAUUUUCAACUUUUAGGGCCACAUCUACACAUAUAUUUAAAGCAGCGUGAUACUACUUUAUCACUUAUUGCUCCCACCCCCCAUCAUGGGAAACGUAGUUUAUUAUGGAGGUUGAAAACUGUUCAGAGACUCCUAUUGCCCUCACAAAGCUACAAUUCUCAGAGUGCUUCAAUAAUCAACCCCUCUUCCCAGGAUAUUCUGGUAUAACAAUGCUCUAAAUGUAUGGUGUGGGUGUGCUCUAAAACUUUAUAAAAUCCAUUUUUAUAUUUCUAUACUUUGAUUUUCAUCUUCAUUAACAUCCGUUUUCCUUUUGCUACUACUUCCAUCUUGUCAUUGAUGUCUAGCUGUGCAGGUUUACUAAGACAUAAGCCCCAUUGUGUUCAGGCAAAGUGUGCUUAGGAUUGCCAUAAUAAUAGCAAUUGUUGUUGUUGUUGUUUACAUAGCUGUCAACUUUUCCCUUUUCUUGCGAGGAAUCCUAUUCGGAAUAAGGGAAUUUCCCUUAAAAAGUUGACAGCUAUGGUUGUUUAUCUGGCUGAGUUUCUGCAGCCACUCAGGGUGGCUUCCAGCAGAAUAUAAAAACAUAACAAAACAGCAAACUUUAAAAACUUCCUGUUACAGGGCUGCCUACAGAUGUCUUCUAAAAAUUGUGUAAUCCUUUAUCUUCUGUAUUAUUAUCACUUUCACAUAACUGUUCACCUUAAUAUUUUAAUGCCCUAAAUUUGAUCUCAUUAUUCAUCUUCUCUCUCUGUUCUCUGAUGUUUUAUCAUUUUGGCAAUUAGCUCAAGAUUCUCUUAUUAAUUUUGAUGCAUUCAUUCUACCUUCCCUUGUCAUUUUUUUACUUAAAUGCUACUCUCCCCCUCAAUCCUUGAGUUUCUCUAAUUAUUUUCAGUUUUUCAAAGCCUAUCCUAAUCAUUUCAUUUACAAAACUGAGUUACUGUAGGUGUUUCAACAGAUAAUAAACAUAAUCUUCAAAUUAUUUUAAGUUUUUCAAACCACGUUUUAAUAAUUUCAUUUCCAGCACUCAGUUAUUGUAGGUGUUUUAGCAGUUAAUAAACAUCAUCUCCUAGGGGUGUUAAGUGAGUAAGUGAUUAAGAGCAUAGUAUAUAUGGAGUGUAGUGAGCUUUUUUUGGGGGGGGGGAUGCCUAUAAAUAUCAAUAAGGUUGUUUACCAGAAGGUGGUAUACCAUUAUGUGACAACAUUGGUUUUCCAUCCUCUUCCCCUCCAACAACCAGAAUUUCAUGGCCACUGAGCUUGCUAAGUCAUCACUGGGUUAUUUUGAUGUUUCCUCCCUUCUAGGAGGAUCAUCUUCACUUUAUAUUUCUGCAGUACUGGGGUUUCCACAAACUUAGAUACAGUGGUACCUCGGGUUACAUAUGCUUCAGGUUACAUACGCUUCAGGUUACAGACUCCGCUAACCCAGAAAUAGUACCUUGGGUUAAGAACUUUGCUUCAGGAUGAGAACAGAAAUCAUGCUCCAGUGGCACGGCAGCAGCAGGAGGCCCCAUUAGCUAAAGUGGUGCUUCAGGUUAAGAACAGUUUCAGGUUAAGAACGGACCUCCAGAACAAAUUAAGUACUUAACCCGAGGUACCACUGUACUGCUAUUUGGGGUCAGGAUUCACAUUUGGAUAAUUGACUUCAAUGUCCGUAUAUAUGAGGGAUAUGAAGCCUUUCAGAGCCCAAGUUUCCUUCUAGCCAACAAUCUGAGGGCCACAUGGCAUUGGUAGGUAUGGCCAGAGACAAAAGUGGGUAGGGCAAUGGGAUGUACAUUUUACGUAUAUACAGCAGGCUAGUUUCUGCACAUCCUCAAACAUCCUUCUCUAUCCUCCUUCCAAGCCUGCAAGAAGCACUAUCAGAGUUUAAGGACACAUUCCAGUGUCCUACCAGGAGGGUGCAAAACAAGGACAGUGAAAGAUGCAGCCUGGGGAGUUAGGGAUGUGUCUGGGAAGAGACCUGAGGGCCAGGAAAUGAGUGUGAGCGGAAGUUGUUUGAUGACCAGUGUUGAAUGCCUUCAACGGCUUAUCACAUGGGUAUCCUGCUCGCUGGUGUGAGAUGUACCGCUGUCUGAUUUAUAAUGAGUGAAAGACGAUCCUAUUCAAACAUAUGACUUGCUCUACUGACCAGCUAUGAAAAGGCAAUUUUUCCCAAUUCAAAAUUUGGGCUAUUACCGCCAAGUAAGUGCCAUUUUGUAAUUAGUAGCUAUAGCUGUGCCCAUUCUCCUUUGGCCUUUGAUGAUCACAAUUCUUCAUAGCCCGUUUCACUGACAUCCAUGCUCAUUAGUAAUCAUUUUAAUAUCUAGUUUAAAUUGAAUUGGUUAUGCAACUCCUGUAUUUGAAUCUUCCUUUCCUCUGCUUUAUUAUCCUCUAGUUCUUAUUCCAGAGAUUUAAGGCAGACUAUUUAGAUCUCAUCUAAUGGUGACCUUUCUCUAUAUUAUGAAUGCUCCACUACGUUCCAUCGUACAUUUCAGUAUUCACAAAGCUAUGGGUUACUGUGCUUCUAAAUAUCGAAAUAAUCUGCCUUUAGAAAUGAAUUUUGUACAGGAAUAAGCAGUGAGCGUAAAGAUGGAUGACUUUAUUUACUCAUAUUUGUGUACAUUGGGCUAUCAUUUACAUAUGAGUAAAUGAGACGUGUAAAAAACACACAGGCAAAUUCAAAUAGUAACCAAAUCCAAUGCUGUGUUGCACUUGGUCAAGUUCACCAAAAUCAAUGAGUUCAAAUAAGUUUAACCCUUUUACAGCCCACUCAACUUGGCUCCCAUAGCAUUUCAGGGAGGCAGUGGGUGCCUUUUUUGUGUUUCAGAGGUGCUUAUGUGCUGAUUCUUUCUGGCUACUAUGCAUGUUCAUUCCUGAGUGGUCGCUGCAUCCCUAGCUAGUUCACUGGUUCUACGUCCUGGAUAAGUAAUAUUUAAAGAAGUAACAUGCUUUAAUGGUUAGAAUGUUGCACUAAGACUGGGCAUCUUACUGUUGGGGAAAAGAAGAAUAAAUUAUGGUCAUAUACUAACCCAAUACAAAAUUCCUCUGAUUAUUAGAAAUCACAUUUCCUCCUCCCUGCAAAAGGUGUUUACCUUUAAGAUACAGUACCAAAAAUGAACCUCUCCAGCUAUAUAACAGAUGAUUUGGACUGAAAUGCUGAAUUUAGGCUAAGCUAAUAUUUGAUCAAAAUGUAAUGUGCUCUUUCAAAUUAAAAUUGAAUUACAGAAUAGAUUUCAAGGGUUGACAAGGUCAAGAAUGAAUUCUGCAGUCCAUGGAUAUUUGUGCCACAUCAAAUUAGGUGUUCUUACACUAUCCCACCCUUUCUUAUGCAUACAGUUAAUAUGCCUGCUUUAUGGCAUGGUUCUAUUAUUCUCUCUGUUCUCAAUUCGAGUCUCCAUGUCCUUGUGUAGACAUAGCAAAAUGGUACCACCCGUACAAAAGACAGCUGUAUUGCUGGGCUUGGGGUAACCCCCAAGUUUACAGAAUAGGCAACAAUUCUCCAAGGGGUACCAAAACAGUUUUGUGUAGACUCAGGUCCCAUCUACACUAUACAUUUAAUUUUAAAGCACUCUUACACCACUGUAAACAGACAUGAAUUCAGCCAAAGUAUCCCAGGAACUGUAGGGUUUGGUGUUGUUGUUGUUUUUAAGAGUGCUAAGAGUUGUUAGAUGACCCCUAUUUUCCCUACAGAGUUAGAAUUUCCAGAGUGGUUUAACAAAUGAACCCUAUAUGUAUAUUUAAAGUGAUUUUUUUUUUUUGCGUUUUCACAAAUAAAAAGAACAAGUAAAGGUAAAAAGGAGAAAAAUGAAAACGUCCCUUCCUCUCCUUCUCUGGUAUCUUUUCUUUUCCCUCUCUUCCGCAUAUUCUAAGUUACCAAGUUCUACUCUUUUUACUGAUUAAUUAAGUCUUGCUAAACUGUUCACUUGUUUAUACUGAUUUUUAAAAUACUCUGCAAACAUUUUCCAAUCCUUUUUAUAUUCUUGGUCAUCUUGUUCUCCUAUCUUACUAGGUAGACCUGCUAGCUCUGCGUAUUCCAACAACUUAAAGUGACAUUCUUUCUUGGUCGGUACUACUUGCUGCCGUAGUGACAUACAUUUGUAUACAUAUUUAGACAUAUAUUUACACACACACACACACACACACACACACACACACGACUUACGUUGUUACUAUUCCCAGAAGAAAAGCUUCUGGUUUCUUGGAAUUCAAUUUUAUUUUGAAGGAGCACAUUACAUUAUGAUCUAAUAUUAGCUUAUUUCUAAUAAUCAAGGGAAUUUUGUACUGGGUUAGCACAUCACCAUAAUUGAUUCCCCUUUCCCCCAACAGCAAGAUACUAUGGACUUGUCUACACUGGUGAAGAAAAAAUAGUUUUAGGUGCGUUGUAUAUGCAAUAUAACACUGUGACACCAGAUGGCGCUGUGGAGUCCUGUCUUUCCCUAUCGGAUUUUCCUAUAUGAAUUUACAAUGCAUUUAACUGAAUCACUUCUUUGACAUGUCUAAAUCUAGCCCCAGUCCUUGUACAACAUUCUAACUAUUAAAGCACCCUACAACUCCCAUCAACCCCAGUAUACCUGAAGGAGCAUCCCCACCCCCAUUGUUCAACCCGGACACUGAGGUCCAGCACCAAGGGCCUUCUGGCAGUUCCCUCACUGCAGGAAGUGAAGUUACAGGAAACCAGACAGAGGGCCGUCUCUGUAGUGGCACCCGCCCUGUGGAAUGCCCUCCCAUCAGAUGUCAAGAGAAUCAACGACUAUCUGACUUUUAGAAGACAGCUGAAGGGAACCCUAUUAGGGAAGUUUUUAACGUUUGAUGUUUUAUUGUGUUUUUAAUAUUUUGCUGUGAGCCACCCAGAUGGGCAGGGUAAUAAUAAUAAUAAUAAUAAUAAUAAUAAUAAUAAUAAUAUUUUAUUUAUACCCUCCCUGGCCAAGACCAGGCUCAGGGUGGCUAACGCCAAAUAUAAAAUACAGUAAAAACGUUAAACAAACAAACAAACAGUUUAUUAAAAUAUACGUUAGAAUACAGCUUAAAAUACAGCUUAAAAUGUAGCCUCAUUGUAGUGGUAGCCCAUAGCUCAGAUUAUUAUUAUUAUUACUCACAAUGGAUGAUGCUUAGAGAUAGUGAGAGUUAUCAUUCAGCAGCUUAUGGAAGGUCACAGACCCUCUGUUCCUCAAUAACAAUCACCACCACCACCCAACGUUCUUUGGCUGAUGUGCUUGUGCCUCUAUAUCUUUAUAUAGUGACAAACAUACCGUGAUCAACAAAGUGAUCAACAUUUUACCUUUUACCCAUAUAGUGAUGAUCAGCUGGGACCCACUGAUCUAGGGGGAUGCAUCUACUUGUGGGUCACAAAUAGUUGCACAAUUGCAGAUGCUGCCAUGGGUGGGGAAUUAUCCAAUUCUUGUGUCGCUUUGGACACACACACUCUUGCACACGAAGGUUGGUUUGAACAUCACGCCCAGUUCGACACGGAAUGAAUCUUCCUUCUUCUUCGCUCAAAUAUAUGUAUGUCAUUGAAAAGUGGGGAGGGGGGAGCCUAGCUGUUUGCUUUGUUCUGGACUUGUGAUAUGCUUGGAAUGAAUUACUUAAUAUCGAACUAUUGGGACUAAGACGCAUGUGGUACCAUCUGCCUGAUUUGUUUCCUUUCACUCCAGGGACAGAGCAAGUCUAAAGCUGCAGUGUGAGAUAGCCAAUACAAGGCUCGGCCAGCUAUCAAUUCCCUGCCACAGGUGUUGAUGUGGAUAAAGCCUCUCUGCGGCCUACUCUCCAAAUGUAAGGUAACUUAACUUUGAAGUAUUGAAAUCUGCUUCCCUCCCUGUCCUUGCUGCAGCUUCGAGCUAUUUCCGUUGUCUGGCUUAGGGCACAGGACCUUGGAGUUCUUUGGAAGUACAGUGGUACCUCAGGUUAAGUACUUAAUUCGUUCUGGAGGUCCGUACUUAACCUGAAACUGUUAUUAACCUGAAGCACCACUUUAGCUAAUGGGGCUUCCUGCUGCUGCCGUGCCGCCAGAGCACGAUUUCUGUUCUCAUCCUGAAGCAAAGUUCUUAACCUGAAGCACUAUUUCUGGGUUAGCGGAGUCUGUAACCUGAAGCGUAUGUAACCCGAGGUACCACUGUAUAUCAGAAUGUUCCUCAGUAAGAUCAGGAGCAUGGAUGUAAUCAGGGGAGGGCUGCCCCCCCCAAAAAAAAAUCAAGUAAAAAAAAAUACUUAACUAAAAGUAGACAUUGUAGAAAGAUUUUGACAGAUUUUUCUGAGCACUUGGGGGGGGGGUCAAAAGAAAAUAAUUUAAAGCAACCUGUUGGGACGUCUCAUUUUGAAUGAGGAUGAUGACAGGUGGGUGUUUGCACUCCCCACAACAUAAAUCCUAGCUGCUUCCAUGUUCAACAGUGGAGGAAAAGUUGUCCAAAAUCUUAGAUUGAUUGAGAUCUCAGUUCUGCAGAGAGGUAAAUACCUUGGAGUACACAGGAGGAUGUGGGAGAAUAGCCUAGCAGCCUCCCACAGCACUGAGGUGCUCAGACUAAAGGAUCAAACUGGGAGCUUUAUAUGAAGGAGUGGCAUAAAAUUGGCUUUCUGGAAGCAUCUGAACAGGAGGAUUCUGAACUGUCAUCAUGUCCUGGCUUGCCUCCUCUGUGCAGUGGUUCCAAUACCUUGUUACAAAUGUAAUUCUUAAAUGACCAGAUCACCUGGUUUAGCUCCAGAGAACCUGGCACCAGAAAUGUGCAAUUCUGUACGUCUAUUGAGGGGAGGGAGGAAUCCAUUUGAGGUCAAUGGAACUUACUCCCAGUCCGAGUGGUUGCGUCUCAAAACCCUCAAACCAACCCCCCAUUAGCAUAAAGAAAUUCACACAGACACAGAAUUUUUGUUGAAGGUUAUUUGGGAUUUUUUUUGGCCACAACUUUAUUGAUUACAGGAAAUGUGAGCGGUAUUGGCUUAGGCAUUGGCAAGACUAUAUCUGUCUCCUGCCCCCUUUGCAGGAAGUUUGUAAGGGUAAACCACCCAAAGGGAAACUGCUUCGUGGGAACACGCCUGCAUCUCCCCCGGUGUUCCCAGAGGCCUGGCAUGGCCCUAGCCCCUCAAGAGGACUUCAGACAAGAUCCAAGCUCCGGAUUCCUUUAACGGAAUACCCUUGAAAUGGAGGGGCAGGUGAUGGCUGACCUCCCCUCCCCAACUCAACAAUAAGCCAAUGCCUAACCGCCAAACCUUACAAAGUUGUGACGAUUGCUAAGGGGUAGGCAAAAACCAAGUGGCCCAUGCCAAUUCACCAAAUGGAAAAAUUCCUACCCGGUCCCUGACCCAAGACGGGCAACCAACCGAAGUCCAAAGUGAGGCCAAAGGACACUUAAAUUAAAGGGAGGGUGGGUGGAUGUUCGGCAGCGCAAAGCAGGUGCUUGGCAGGCGAGAAUUCUACCACUGAACAACCAAUGCAGAUGGCAUCAUUUUUUAUCCUGGUCUGUGACCUUAAUAAAGUUCAUUCAGGUGCUUGGCACACGUCGCACUGCCACUUUUAUACAUUCCCCCCAUGAUCACCCAUUCAAAUUGAUUGGGCAAUAGCCCUGGGUGAUCAUAGUGCCACCCUGGCAUGAGGGUGAUGGCUCCACCCACGCCGGGUUGGGGGGGACCGGGUUGAGGGCGUGCCCGCAACCAGGACGAUCUAUUAAGAUGAUCCCACUUAUAGGACAAAAGCAAAGGACCCCUGGAUGGUUAAGUCCAGUCAAAGUCAACUAUGGGGUGAGGAACACAUCUCGCUUCAAGCUGAGGGAGCUGGCAUUUGUCCACAGACAGAUUUCUGGGUCAUGUGGCCAGCAUCACUAAACCGCUACUGGCACAAUGCAACACCGUGACAGAAACCAGAGCGCACGGAAAUGCCGUUUAUCUUCAUGCCACAGUGGUACCUAUUUAUCUACUGAUAUGCUUUCGAACUGCUAGGCUGGCAGAAGCUGGAGCAGAGCAAUGGGAGCUCACCCCAUUGCAUGGAUUCGAACAGCCAACCUUCCAAGGCUUGGUGGUUUAGAUCACACCCUAACAUAUGUAAUGUUUGUAGCCUUAGUGAUAACAAAGGGUGCUUCAGCAAACUUGUCGGCUUGAUUUCUGACCCAUACACCAUAUUCCGGAAAUGUAGAAACUUUUCCCCAAGCUGUGCUUUGUUUGAGUUACUGUCUGUGGAAAAAUCAAUCAAUCAGCCAAUGCUUGUGGAAGCCAGUCAGAUGUUUUAAAGAGAGGAGGAUGAUACUGCUUUAAAUGUAUAGCACAUAUAGAGUCUUGUAAGGACGUGCAAAUGUUGGUGGCUGGGAUAUCACCACAGCUGCCCUCUACUCCAAAAAGCAAAAACAAAACAAAAUGACUAAAAAUUGGAAGGUGUACCCAUGCUUUCGAUGUUUUCUCACUUGAUCUAAACAUCAUGGAUAAUAACUGUGCUUUCAUGGUGACUUGUUUGUUUGUUUGCUUGCUUGCUUGCUUGCUUGUUUUAAAAAAAAAUGGAAAAGACUCCUGCAACAUAUACCUCACUGCCAAGUAUCGUUGGGAAGAAUUGUUCAGAUUCUCUCCUUAGCAGCCACAAGGAAGUUCUUGAGGGGUGUGUGUGAUGCAGUUACUUAACUUAAGAAGCUAAGUUUGGCGUCUUUAUUCUGCUCCCACAUUACGAGAGAUAGCUUUUUAAAUGAAAAGUUAAGACUUUGAAAGCAGCCAAGAUUUUCUGUCGAGUGGGAUGGGAAGACCCGUGGGAAAACUGAUUAUAAAACUUUGACGGCAUUUGCUGCUGAAGGCACUGGAAAUAUCUUGAAGUCAUUAUCGAUGCUGUGCGAGGGCUAUGCGCAGGAGAGGGUGAAAUUGUUUUAAUGAGUUUUGAACUCAUCUGGAUGGCACCAGUACUAUUUAAUAUUCAUUUGCCAGAGUGGGCUUUGUGAAUCUCACACUGCUGAAUUUUCAAAAUCGCCCAAGGGAAUGUCCUAGGGGAAAGAGAUGCUAGCUUUUCCCUGGGAUACUCCCUAUAUUCCCAGUGUGUUCUUUUCUUUUUUGCAUUUUUUACCCUAUGUUUGUAUAAGGACUUCGGUGUGGCAUAUAUCUAUCCACUCAUCCUCCCAUAUUAUCAAUGUAAGAGGGAGGUCAGAUGAAAAGAGGAUCACUUACCUAAGGACACCCAGUAAGCUUCAUAGCUGAUCAGAGAUUUGAACCUGAGUUCUAGAUUAACUCUAUAUUCAAUACACCAGUGGUUGCAACCUGUUGGAGCCAUUGGGCACACUUGGAAUAUGGAGGAAGUGCUGUGAGUGCCAGUCACAAAAUGGCUACCCCAGGGUGUGUGGCAUAACACAAAAUGGCCACAACAUCUAAAGGAACAGUAAAUAAUGGAUCACAAAAUAUGCUGGGCAUGUCCCCACCCUCAGCCAAUUUUCCUCUAAUCAGAGCAGAAGGGAGGGAGAGAUGGUGUCCAGUUCUGGCCCUUUCAAAUGCCAUGUUUUAGGGAGUAUGUUCAAUGUAGGAGAGGCCAAGCCAGUGCAAAGAGGAAUGGAAUAGGGAGAAUAAACAGUCCCUUGUGCAUUGCAGACUGCUUAGAGGACAUUUACGGAGACCUUUUGUGGGUUCCACAGAAGGGAGUUGAGGUUACACAGUAAUCUGCAAUGUGCCAUGUUGUUUGUAGUUGUGUAUUCCUGCCUGGAGCCAUGAGUGUACAGAGAAACUACAUGCAGCGAGGAUGCUAAAUGACAAGUCAGGGAGUACAGCUUAGUAGCAGGGAAUGUGCCUUGUGUACAGAUGACUCUCCAUUUGGAUCCCGGAAUCUCCUGUAAAAAAGAGUGACGGAAUGGGUGAAGAGGAAAAACCUCAUACUGAGAUACUAGCUGCUGAAAACAGCCGGAGGGGAGACUGCUGUUGUGCUUAGGUCUUACUUCAGGGUUCCUUAUGGGCUUCUGAGAACAGGAUGCUAGGCUAAAUGUGCCUUUGGCUUAACUCAACAGGCUCCAAAGCGUGUUUUCAUUAAUAGAGAGCACGUGUUGUGGUGGGGUCUGGAAGGCCACCCCUCUGUUCCUGGGUGGGUUAGUUUGGAUGACCAUCUGCAGUGAUUUGGCGGUUGGGUUGUUGGGCAAAUUUUGGUGUUGCCAUUUAGGGCGUUGGACCAAAGAUUAUAAAAUGAAGUCACGCAGCUCUGACUAGGCACUUUUGCUGUGUGCACCCUCCCUGAAAUGAGGGUUAUUUCGCUUGACCUUGCUAUGCCUGUCAUGAGGUCACCUACUUUGGGGGCAGGGGCCUGGUAGGAAUUUUGUCCAAUUGGCUGAUUGGCUGGUGCCAUUUGGUUUUUGCCUACUGCAUAGCAAAUUGUCACAACUUGUAAGGUUGCGGUUAGGCAUUGGUUAAAAAAUUGGUUGGUGGAGGGGUAAGGAUUGGCGGUGCCUGCCCCUCCAAUGCUGCUGCGGAAAGGGAAUUCCAUUAAAGGAAUCCAGGGCUUGCCAUUCUUUCGUCUGUACCCCUGAAGGAGGCUUAGGGCCAUGCGAGCCCCAGGGAGCGGGGGGGGGGUGAGGGUCUGGUGCCCAGCUCCAUGCUCUCCCCAAUAUUGUUUUCCCUUACUGGCUUUCGCUGGAACCCGGAAGUCAGUUCUGUCCCUGGGCAUGGGGAUAGACAGUCAUAACCAACGCCUAAGCAACCACUCACAUUUAUGUAUUUUAAUAAAGUUGUGACCAAAAUUAUGCCAAAAACCUUAAACUGUGGAUGCAGGGCAUAGGCAUCAUGACUAGUAGCCAUUAAUAGCCUCGCCCUCCAUGAAUUUGUCUAAUCCUCUUUUAACGUUGUUGGUCUGUGGGAGCAAUUUCCACCGCUUAACUAUAUUCAGCAUAAAGAAGUACUCUAUCUGUCCUGAGCUUUCUAACAUUCAGCUUCAUUGCCUGCCCAUGAGGUCAAGAGAGGAAGGAAAACUUUUUUCUCAUGCCAUGUGUAAUUUUAUAAACUUCUGUCAUGUCACCUCUUGAUUGCCUUGUCGCUAAACUAAAAAUUCUCAAAAUCUGAAACUUUUCCUCACAGAGUUUCACUCCAUCCCUUUGAUCAUUCUGGUUGGACUUACGCUAAUCUUUUCUGACUUCUAUCAUGUCACUUCUUACUUGCCUUGACUCUAUGAUAUCUUUUUUUUCAGGUAGGGAGAUCAGAAUUAUACACAGUAUUUAAAAUGUGGUCUCGCCAUAGAUUUGGAUAAUGGCUUGAAGUUAGCGGCAUCUUUCCUAAUGAUUCGCAGGAUUUCCCUUUUUCACACUGAGUCAAUAUCUUCAUCGUGCUGUCCUCUAUGAUCCCAAAGCUUUAUUUCUGGUCAGUCGCUGGCAGUGAAGAAAUCAUGUGCAUUUAUGUUAACUUGAGGUUUUUUUUGCCCCAACACAUGUGACUUUACACUUGUUUAUACUGAAAUGCAUUUGCAGUUUUUCUUCCCAUUCUCUCAGCUUGGAGAGUUUCUUUUGGAGCUCCUCAUAAUCUCUUUUUGUUUAGCAAGGGUGAGCAAAAAAUAAGGCUAAUGUGGUUGAGAAACCACAUUUUACCUCUUUGCUUUCCUUCUCCACGGCCAAAGUUUGUUCACCAGUCACCAUCUGUUUGUAAUUACAGUACAAGACAAUAGAGUGAAUCCACUCACCCAGGAGAGAGAGAGAGUGUGUGUGUGUGCAAUGCCAAUGUUGCCCUUCCAGCAGUUUGCUGUUCUGCUCCACAACAAGCAUUUGUGAAAAGAUUGCUAACAGUUGGUUUUGUACUUUGCAGCAAAACAAGCAGGUGUGCUGACCCUGUUGCAUCAUUGAUGAUUUCUUUUAAAGCCCAAUGAGAGAGCACUUUGUCUUCAGAAUACCACAUCAUCACAACCAAAGGUGCUGAGCCCAAGAGCUAUCCUCACACUUACCUUAGCCAACGCUGCUCCCAUCCUUCAGUGGAGGUGAAUUUGCAGCACCCCAACUCCCCUCAAGGGUGGCGCUGUGGGUUAAACCACAGAGCCUAGGACUUGCCGAACAGAAGGUCGGCGGUUCAAAUCCCCACGACAGGGUGAGCUCCCGUUGCUUGGUCCCUGCUCCUGCCAACCUAGCAGUUCAAAAGCACACCAGUGCAAGUAGAUAAAUAGGUACCGCUCCGGCGGGAAGAUAAAUGGGGCUUCCGUGUGCUGCUCUGGUUCGCCAGAAGCGGCUUAGCUGUACGCCGGCUCCGUCGGCCAAUAAAGCGAGAUGAGAGCUGCAACCCCAGAAUCGGUCACGACUGGACCUAAUGGUCAGGGGUCCCUUUACCUUUAACUCCCCUCAAAAGAAGACUCAGGUGGUUUGACCCAGAGGAAGAUUGAGAAUAGGCACAUUGGGGGGCAAAAGGUCAGUCAGGAAAAAGGAACAGGCUUUAUAAGCUGGUUUCUCCCCAAACCUUCCAGUAUUUUUCAUUGUACUGCCCUCCCUCCUUCCCUGCCUUUGUAGGAUGGACUUUGCUAGUUCCUUGUUCAGGGGCUGAGUAAGAAUUUCUGGAGGGGACCCUGAUUAGCCUUGGGCUUCCUCCCUCCACCACACCUACUUCACACUGUUGGGAGUUCUUGUUUCUUUGGAGGGGCAUUUUAUCCUUUUAGUUCAGGCAGGAAAGAGAAUUUUGAGAACUGGUUGGAAAUUACCUGAGGCAUUUUGGGAUUUAAGACACUCUUGGGUCACCUUUCAAUGCCUUCUCUGUGGGAGCUGUUGGGCAUUGGCCAGCGGGGCAAAAUGCACUUGGCAGGUUCACAUGCCCAAGGUUCUCAUACCAAAGAGGAAGAAUUUCCUUCCAUUCUUUUUUCUGAAGAGGCACAUGUGCAGAGGUGGAUUUAGGAGAGCAUGACCAGUUUGGUCACAAUGGGCACAGAGCCUCGGGGGUGCCACAGGGGGUGGCACAACUAUAAUCUAGAAAGGAGCACAAGAGGUGUUUUUUAGGGGGGUGUUGCUGAGUUGUUUUUAGAAACCAUCUGUGUAAAGUUAGUCUUCCAUACUACUUUGUCAUUGUUUAGUCGUGUCCGACUCUUCGUGACCCCAUGGACCAGAGCACGCUAGGCACCCCUGUCUUCCACUGCCUCCAGCAGUUUGGUCAAACUCAUGCUGGUUCCAUACCACUUUACUAUGCCCUUAAAGUGUGGGCCAAACUGGAUGUUACAGUAGGAGAUCUGUGAUGAUUUAUAAACAGUAAUAGCAGCCUGGGGUGGGAUAAAUUAUUAUUAUUAUUUAUUAAUUGAAUUUAUAUACCGCCCUAUACCCGGGGGUCUCAGGGCAGUUCACAAAAUAAAAUCAAGAUAUAAAACUACAAAAAUACCUAAUAAAAAUAAAAACAACCCAAUAGCCCACCCACCCUCCUCCCACAAAAAAAACAACAACACAUUUUAAAAGGGCAUAGGGUGUAAAUCGGAUCAACCAAAGACCUGGUUAAAAAGGAACGUUUUCGCCUGGCACCUAAAGGUGUAUAAUGAAGGCACCAGGCGAACUUCCCUGGGGAGAGCAUUCCACAGAUGGGGAGUCACUGCAGAGAAGGCCCGUUCUCAUGUUGCAACCCUCCAAACCUCUCGAGGAGGAAGCACACAAAGAAGGGCCUCAGAAGAUGAUCUCAGGAUCUGGCUAGGCUCAUAUGGAAAAAGAUGGUCCUUGAGGUAUUGUGGUCUUAUGGUACUAUGGACUAUGGUACAUGGGAAGGAGUUUCACUGUUUCUCCAGUGCUCCUUUCCCAAUAAAAAUCACCUCAAAGUGGGGGACAACUCUAGAAAACUCUAGGUUGAAGAGCUAAGAGGAAUGGUAAGGACCAUUAUCAGGGGGAUCAGUGAUUUAAUCCAUGCUAUAUAGGACCUUAGGGAUGCGGGUGGUGCUGUGGGUUAAACCACAGAGCCUAGGACUUGCUGAUCAGAAGGUCAGCGGUUCGAAUCCCCACGAUGGGGUGAGCUCCCGUUGCUCAUUCCCAGCUCCUGCCAACCUAGCAGUUCGAAAGCACGCCAAAGUGCAAGUCGAUAAAUAGGUACCGCUCCGGCAGGAAGGUAAACGGCGUUUCCGUGCGCUGCUCUGGUUCGCCAGAAGCAGCUUAGUCAUGCUGGCCACAUGACCCGGAAGCUCUACACCGGCUCCCUCGGCCAGUAAAGUGAGAUGAGCGCCGCAACCCCAGAGUCGGCCACGACUGGACCUAAUGGUCAGGGGUCCCUUUACCUUUACUAUAUAGGACCUUAGCACAUCGUGACUGAAUGCCAGGUAAGGUAGAAGGCAUUAUUUAGGUGAAAAAUCUUCAACCAACCUUCCCCAAAUCUGAAGGCAUAUGAGGUAAUCACUCCACCAUCUUUACCAGAAGUAAAUUAAUCCAUAAUUUGGGUAUCCAUGUGCUGCUAAAACAGUCAUGACUUAGGUCUGUGGAGAGUCUUUUAAUGUGUCUCCAGUGGUAAAGAGUUUCUCAGAUGAAAAGAACAACCCAGAGCACUUCUUGGUCUGCCCUUAUAUCCUAUCUUGGUGCAUGGGGAGCAUUGCUAAGAGACUACUUGUCCUUGUCCUUUGCCAUUGCUAUUGUGAUGACACUUAAGGGUAGCACCAGCCUUUCUCCAAUAUGUCGGAUGCUGUUUGCUGGGAUUUUCUAAACAUAAAUCAUAUUUAAUUAUCAAAUUCUCUAGCAGUUCCAAGGAAGCUAAAUCACAGGUUUGGGUGGGUGCUUCAAAAUACGUACCUAAAUAACCUCAUCCUUGUGAUUCCAGUAGGAAAACACUAAAAUACAUAUAGGAAGGAAAUCUAAAUAAUAGAAAUGCUUUUAAGUAGACUGAAGGAAAAAUAGAAGAAUCCAUUGCUCUACUGAAGCACACUUAUUUUGUUCCAUUUGCUACUGUUUUUAUGAAGCCAUUUCCGAAAGUCAUUUUGACAUUCUCUUUGAAUGCUUCACGGUAUUCAGUCCCCUGCUAUGGCAUGUUUCUGCUUAGUUCCAGCCAGCCGUUCAGAGAGCCCUUAUCUCAUUGCAUCUCUGAAAUAGCAUGUAGGAGCUGUAGGGCUUGCCUUUUAUGUUCAGCACGAUAAGAAGGGCAAAGCGCCACGGAAGCUUUUGUACCCUAAAUCUUUCUCCUUUCAUUAAGGGGGGAAAAUCUGUCUCCUUCUUUAUCUGCACUUCACCAUUCUCUGAGAGAGACACAAGUGUGAUUGUCUGACAUUCAAGUUGAUUUCCCCACCCCUAAGAGCCUAGCAUCCCCAGGACUGUCCAUGCUUCUGAACUCUUUGUAAUAAUGACUCUGGAUUUGUGGUAUCAGAAGUGACAAUGAUGGGCCCUCCUAGCGUUCCUAAUUUCCAGGGACAGUGCCGGAUCUACAGAAGCCAUCCCGGUUUCUGAUUUGAUUCCAGAAUGUCCCACUUUUGCUAAGGACGUCUCUAUUUUCAUCAGAAAAAUGUUGGACGGUAUGGUAGGACAUCCCUAUUUUCAUCAAAGAAAUGUUGAGCUAAGGAGAUAAGUAACUAUACAACUUUUAGAAGACAUCUGAAGGCAGCACUGUAUCGGGAAGGUGUUUUUUUUUAGUGUUUUAUUUAUAUAUAUAUAUAUUUUGGAAGUUGCUCAGAGUGGCUGGGGCAACUGAGUCAAAUGGGUGGAGUAUAGAUAAUCAUGUUGUUGUUGUUGUUGUUGUUGAAUAGGACAUCCCUUUUUUCAUCUGCGCAGCCCCAUGCCACAAAGUCUAUGCCUAUCACCCAUAUCACACAUUAGGGUAUAUAUAAAUAUAUUGGCGGCUCUAUAUACAUGACAUGGGGCUGUUCUUUUCUGCCAUACAGGUGACCUGGAGAAUACUAGAAGGGUGUUCUAAGUCUGGGCUUGGGCCAAGCAAAAGCUAUGGUUAGGCAAAGAAUUAUAGACACCGAGAGACAACAGGACUGUUUAAGGUGCUCCGAUUACAAAAUUGUAGAAAUCACUAGCUAUAUAGCUGCUCCAGCAGCAUACCUCUUUUUUCUUGUAUCCAAAAAUGCAAGAAGGGCUUUUAAAUUUGCCAGAAGCUCGGCUCUGCCCUCGCCGGUCUUGGAAGGAUCCUUUAGAAAAGUCCCAUUUGACCAGAGAAUUUGUGCCUGUCCAUUGGGGGAUAUAGGAAGCCCUGAACACAUAUUUUUUAGAUGUCCCUUUCACGAUGAGGCAUGUAGAGAAAUCAUUGACCCCCUGCUGGUGAGGCUUGCUGACCUCUCGGUAAAGCAAAAAUUUGAUCUUCUGUUAGGCAAAGACCACAAGACGACCCAGAUUGUGGCCAGAUUCUGCGCACAGAUCUCUAGGCACAGACCAUCCCCUGAUUCAAUCUAGUUUGUUAAGAAAAUUCCCAAACUCGGAUCCAUGGGCGACUCUGGGUCAUUUCUCUAAGGUAGUCUAUCUUAAAGUUUUUAUGUGUUUAUACGCCUACCACACUUUUAAACUAAAAAUCCAUUGUUGUAUAUUGUUUUAAAUGUUUGUUUUGCUAUUGGGAUUGUAGUUCCAUUUGUGUUUCACAAGCUGGUCUCUGACCGUAAUAAAUUUCAUGUUCAUGUACUAAAAGGGUGAGGUUGGGGCUUGAGCCAUUUACAGUAAAUAGAUCUUCAGAGCCUGAUUUGGAGGCUCAGCCUAUCAAUGACGUUCAUGGCUACAACCCACCUUUAAGGAUGAAAACAGCAGAAAGUAAGUGGUCUAGUGUUGCCUGCUAGCCUUCAUUUUAAGAGCAGUACCAGAUUUGCAUAUAAGCUAAACAAGCUAUAGCUUAGGGCCCUGCUCUCUUGGGGCCCCCCAAAAAGCUGAAGGAGAAAACAAACCUGGAUGUACAUUUCCAAAAUAUAAGAUAAAAAACAAAUAAAAUAAAACCGGCAUACAGCAGCAAUGUUUUAUGUUGUGUAGGCGACUAUGAUGUAGGUAAUGGGCUCCACCUGCUAGCCUGCUCCCUAAAAUAUCACUGGUUUGCUCAUUUCUGUAUAUAGGGUGCCUACAUUCUGCAUGGACUGGUUGCAUGGCAACAUGGGCAAAUGGCUUUAGAUACCUAUUAGGUCUAUAAAAUACCAUAUAGCAUAUAUUCAACACAAAAAAGCAACAAUUUGUUGUUGACAAAGGACAGCUGGACAUCUAAAGAGCCCCAUUACCUUCAGUAGCUUAGGGCCUCAUCAAACCGAAAUCCGGCCCUGUUUAAGAGUCAUGGCCCAAUACCUAAUACUGUUGAAUAUUUUGAAAAUUUACAAAGGUAAAAUUGGGAUCACUUGUCCCGCCCACUUUUUUAUCUCAGGCCCCACCCAUCACUGUCACGAGGCACCUAGAUAUUUGUCCACAGGCUGAGAAAAUGUUCUGCAGCCCUGCCCUAAUAUAAAGACAUUGGAACACGACUGCUCCACAAAAUCCACACAAUAUCCAUUUCUAAAGAGAAAUAAUUACUUUUCUUCCCAUUUUGACCCUGCAACCUCUAUCUAUUGGGUUAUUUUCAAACCUAAAGUAGGGAUAAAGCAGAUAAAGGGUCACUAUUUAUUAUAAACUAAAGGGAGUUAAUCGGCUUCUCUAAAUUAAACCUACAGGAAGAUACAUUUAAGUAUCCCAACUGUGAAUUUCAGAAGAGCAUUGCAAAUCAUGCUGCAUUUUAUUUGAAGAAAAUAAGUAAAAUGUGUACAUAGAGGUAUGAAAUCAUUGACAAGGUUAGUCCUUCCCUGCCUGCCUACUACUGAGCAAACAAAUGGGAGAAUAAAUAGUAGGGCUCCCCUACGUCCAAAAGCUUUGCCCACCCCCUCAUUAGCUCAACUGCUUUUACUUGAGUAGUUGUAAGAAAGAUGGAUGAAUCUAUCCACUUCCAGCCUGUGAUAAUUUUGUAUUUAACUAUAUCUUCUCCAUAAUUACGUUCCAUUCAAUUUAUUCAUUAAAUUCUUUUUUAAAAAAGCUUUUCAAAAUACAAAUUACAAACAUAAGAAGAAGCCUACUGGAUGAGACCAGUGCUCUUCCUAGUCCUAUAUCCUGUUUUUCACAGUAGCCAACCAAUUGUGUAUAUUUAAAUUGUCCAGAACAUUCAGAGAACUGCAAAAUCCAAGUUGUAGCUGUUUUGAUCCACACACGUUUAUCUAUAUCUGUUAAGGGUAGCAUAAAUUGAGUGGUUAAUCUGGGCAAAUGAGCACAUUAUCCAGUUUCCAAGAAACAUCCCCCCCUCCAUUCUUGUUUAGAAGUGUUUGAUCCAGUCCAGUCCAGUGCUUCUGGCCCACUGCCUAAUCUUGUUGUUGCUUAGUCAUUUAGUUGUUUCCGACUCUUCAUGACCCCAUGGACCAGAGCACGCCAGGCACUCCUGUCUUCAACUGCCUCCUGCAGCUUGGUCAAACUCAUGUUCGUAGCUUUGAGAACACUAUCCAACCAUCUCGUCCUCUGUCGUCCCCUUCUCCUUGUGCCCUCAAUCUUUCCCAACAUCAGCGUCUUUUCCAGGGAGUCUUCUCUUCUCAUGAGGUGGCCAAAGUAUUGAAGCCUCAGCUUCAGGAUCUGUCCUUCCAGUGAGCACUCAGGGCUGAUUCCCUUCAGAAUGGAUAGGUUUGAGCUUCUUGUAGUCCAUGGGACUCUCAAGAUUCUCCUCCAUCACCAUAAUUCAAAUGCAUCAAUUCUUUGGCGAUCUGCCUUCUUUAUGGUCCAGCUCUCACUUCCAUGCAUCACUACUGGGAAAUCCAUAGCUUUAACCAUACGGACCUUUGUUGGCAAGGUGAUGUGUGGUGUAGUGGUUAAGAGCGGUAGUCUCGUAAUCUGGGGAACCGGGUUCGCGUCUCCGCUCCUCCACAUGUAGCUGCUGGGUGACCUUGGGCUAGUGACACUUCUCUGAAGUCUCUCAGCCCAACUCACCUCACAGAGUGUUUGUUGUGGGGGAGGAAGGGAAAGGAGAAUGUUAGCCGCUUUGAGACUCCUUCGGGUAGUGAUAAAGCGGGAUAUCAAAUCCAAACUUUUCUUCUUCUUCUCUUCUUCUGCUUUUUAAGAUGCUGUCUAGUUUUGUCAUUGCUUUUCUCCCAAGAAGCAGGCAUCUUUUAAUUUCAUGACUGCUGUCACCUAAUCUUACCCAACCCCAAUAUGCCCUCCCACUGGUCAACCAAGCAGCAAGAAGAAGAAAGAGGGGCUUCAGAUAAACAUAAGUUGUCCUCCCCCCCCACCGCCCAAAACCAAGUUCUGUUCCUUUUUUACCAUUCCCGGCUGCUCCCCAGUUAGCUGAGCAGCGCAAGUAGGAUUUUAUGGAGAAGAAAGUUUUAAACCUCCCAGCCCCUCAUACAAUACAGAUGGAAACUCCCGUCCCCCAUACGGCUAUAAAGUUUAGGGGGAAGGCUGUUGGAGAUUAUGCAUAAUAGCCAGCAAAUGUAUAUAAUUCAGUCCCAUUUCCCAAGGCCUGUUGGAGAUUAUGUAUAAUGACUGGGAAAUGUGGACAAUAACCUCUUCGUGGAAGGAUUAUGCACACAUUCUCCCUGAGGCCUGGUGAAUGUGCACAGUAGCUGGUUUAGAUGUAGCUGGUUUACUUUUCUUCGAAAGAGCUCAGGGCAGCAUACAACAUUUUCUUCUCAAUCUUAUCCAUAAAAAGAAAAGAAAAGAAUGAAUGAUUUUUUUAAAAAAAUUGUCAAUGUGUGUGGCAUUUCCAUUUUGAGCUAAUUUUUGCAAAGUCAAGAUUUUCACCUCAUGGCAUAAGUGUGCUUUGGUCCCAGUUCAGAUUCUUGUCCAACUUGCUUUUGCUGAUAACGCUGACUAUCUCUCAAAGGCUGGGCAAAUACUCUUCCAACUCCAAAAUUGCCUCAGUGUGCAACAUCUGCCAGAACAACUCCCUUCCCCUCUUGUUCUCACAUGUUCCUGGUAACAACUCUUAACAGUUCUCUCGCUUUGUUAGAAACAACUCAGCUGUGGUUGCAAAUAAAAUGUUGAUGACUCUCGGAUCCUGGCCUUAAGGCUUAUGUGUAUGUACUGCUUUGACUCCAUCCAUUCCACUUGGGUUAGAGCACGUAGAUGAAAUUCUGCUCAGAAAGUAGUGUUCACAGGAUCUGGAGCAUGAAAUGUUUUAUAAUGAAACUCUUAUCAGCGUUAAAUUUAUGCUUAGACUGACCUAUCUCUGUCUACCAUCCAAUCAUAAAAGUGCGGGCUUUUUUGUUUUUGUUCACAGGGCUUUCUUAAAGGGAAGAAGCAACAUCACAAACAAUUUAAUGCAGAACAGAAAAAAAUAAUUUGCCGAAAAGUUAACACUUCCAGUGGAAAUAGAAGAUAA